AUGUACCAGUCUGUGGAGAAACUAACUAGGGAAGUAAAAGCUGACACUGAGAAUAGUACUGAAGUACUUUCACAGAAAUUUGAUAAAUUAGAUGAAAAAAUGAACUCACUGGAAUCAAAGAUUGGAAAAUUGGAAAAGUCGGCUGGAGAGGUAGAAGCACUUAAGACAGAACAAGGGGCAAUGGUGGGGGUGAUGGGGGAAUCUUGCCACGGGACAGAAUGAUCUCGAUCAGUUUCUCCUUCUCUGAUUACAGCAGAACGCAAACACUGUUGGGGAUGGAGGAACUGUUUGAAAACAUUUAUCGAGUUAGGACAAGAUCCUCUAGAGAAAGGAAACAACCUGCAGACGUCUUGGUAACUUUUGUUACAAAAAGAGUGAAGGAUGCAAUCCUUCAAAAGAGUUUUGAAGAGGGUCUGCAUGUUGAGAGUAACAAGGUGGACUUUUUCCGGGAAAUUCCCUUUAAAUUAAGAUUCAGAAGACAGGUACAAGAAUUUGACAAUAGCUCUCAGGAGAGUGGAUAUAAAAUAUAAAUGGGAAUUCCCGGAAGGAGUUUCCUUCACAUACAGAAAGAAAAGUUAUAGACUGGUGAGGGAAAGUCAGGCACAGGUAUUUUUGGAAAGACAUGACAGAGACUUUGAGUUUAGAGAUAAGGCUAAGGGAAUGAGAAGCCCACUAAGACAGCAAAAGGAACUGGAACAACUGGAAGGAGCAUUGGGAGGAGAGAUAGAUUUUAUAAAUAAGUUUGAUAAUGGCAAAUCUUAAAGUACUUACUUGGAAUGUGAAUGGAUUGAACAAUAAAGCAAAAAGAAAUAGGAUUGAACAUGCAAUUCUUAAACAAAAUUUAGAUAUAAUUUGCUUACAGGAAACACAUGUAGCAAAAAAAUAAAAAUAAAAGAAUUCUGAUCAACAAAAGAUUAGGGAUGGAUUUUAUUUCGGCAGACAAUGCUAAAAGACGUGGAGUUGUGUUUUAUAUUAAACCUGCAUUUGAACCCAAACUGAUUCAAAAAGAUGAUAAAGAGAGAGUUUUAGUGGUGUAAAUUAAGGUCCAGGGAGAAAAGAUAAUAUUGGUAGGCGUAUAUGCACCAAAUGAAAAUAAAUCAAAAUUCUUUCAGAAAUUAGAAACAGAGCUUUUGGAAUUUGCAGAUGAGAAGGUUGUAUUAAUGGGAGACUUAAACGGAGUACCAUCAUUAGAGAUGGACAGAACAAUCAGAAAAAAAGAUACCAAAGAAGGUAGGCUACCCAAAACCUUUUUUGAGAUGACAAAGACACUGAAUUUAAUAGAUAUUUGGCGAGAAAAACAUUUGUUUGAUAAACAGUUCACUUUUUUCCUCAUAUAAAUGGCAGUAGUGCUCCAUUGGAUGCAGUCUGGAUUUCAAAAGAAUUAGAAUAAAAAGUUUUAAAAAAUUGAGAUAGACCCCAGAAAAUUAUUGGAUCAUAAUCCUAUAAUAAUGGAGAUACGGAAAGAAACUCAAGCUACUUUUAGAUGGAGAUUGAAUGAAGAAUUAUUAGAUGACAAAAUUCUUUUAGAAAAGGCCAAAAAGAUUCUGGGACACUAUUUCAAACUAAACUUAAAUAAUGGAACCAGAUUGUAAACAGUAUGGGAUGCUAGCAAAGCAGUUAUGAGAGGACUGUUUAUCAAACAAAACUCAACCAAAAAGAAAAUAAGAGAAAAGAAAAAGAGAGAAAUUUUGGAUGAAUUAUCAGAAAAAGAAAGAAUUAAUAAAGAAACCCAAUAAAGAGACAACCAAACAGGCAAUUAAAUUAUUACAGACCCAAUAUUCAAUGUUGAUCAAUGAGGAAAUGGGUUGGAAAAUUAAAAAGAUGAAACAAAAAUAUUUUGAACAUGUCAACAAACCAGGAAAACUUGGCAUAGCAAAUGAGGAAAAAUGAGCAAAAAACCCACUUAAAUAAAAUUAAGCAUAAUGGAAAAGUCACUGAUAAACUAAGAGAAAUAAGGGAAGCCUUUACUAAAAUUUUUACAGAAUUGUAUAAAAAAGGACAUGAAAGGAAGAUGAUGGAAGACCAUAUAAAAAGUAGUAAUCUCCCAAAAUUAAAAGAUGAAAAGAUAAUGGUAUUAAAUGCAGAUAUUUCAUUACAAGAAAUAUUAGAAGCAAUAAAUCAGGCAAAGACAGGUAAAUCUCCAGGACCAGAUGGAACCUCGGCAAAGUAUUAUAAAAAAUUAAGUGAGCAGCUUGUGUUCCCCUUAAAAGACACAAUGAAUGAGAUUCUAAAAACAGGGAAAUCCCAGAAACAUGAAUAGAGGCCUAUAUAACACUAAUACAGUGGUACCUCAUGUUAAGAACUUAAUUCGUUCUGGAAGUCUGUUUUUAACUUGAAACUGCUCUUAACCUGAGGUACCACUUUAGCUAAUGGGGCCUCCUGCUGCCGCCUCACUGCCGCCGUUCGAUUUCUGUUCUCAUCCUGAAGCAAAGUUCUUAACCCGAGGUACUAUUUCUGGGUUAGCAGAGUCUGUAACCUGAAGGUACCACUUCAGGUACUUCAUGUAACCUGAGGUACCACUGUACCAAAAUGCAGAUAUAACAUUAGUUAAAAAUUAUAGGCCUAUCUCAUUAUUAAACAAUGAUAUUGUUUGCAUAUAUUCUUGCUAAUAGAAUGAAGAAAAUCUUGGAAGAUUAUAUACAUCAAGAUCAAGCAGGAUUUCUCCCAGGUAGACAAAUGAAAGAUAAUAAAAGAAAUGUUUUAAAUAUAAUCGAAUACCUGGAAGUAAGAAAUGAAAAGAAGGCAGCAUUGAUGUUUAUAGAUGCAGAAAAAGCUUUUGAUAAUGUUUCCUGGGAUUUCAUGAAAAAAGUUUUAGAAGAAAUGGAAUUUGGAGCAAAAUUUAAUAAGGGAAUCCAAGCUUUUUACUCAGAACACAAUGCAAAACUAAUUAUUAAUCAGGUGAUAACAGAUCAAUAUGAAAUACAAAAAGGAACAAGACAAGGAUGCCCGUUAUCACCACUUUUAUUCAAUCUGGUUCUGGAGGUUUUAGCAAGGAAUAUUAGAGAGGACAAAGAAAUAAUAGGAAUAAGAGUAAAGACAAGUGAACAUAAACUGAAAGCAUUUGCGUAUGAUUUGGUUAUUACUGUUGAAGAACCACAGAAUUCUCUCCCCAGAAUUAUAGAAAAGAUCCAAAAGUUUGGGCAGGUGGCAGGUUUUAAACUUAAUAAAAGCAAAACUAAAUUAUUAUUAAAAAAUUUAAAAGAAGCAGAAAAGAAAGAGCUAUCAGAAGCUUUAGAUAUAAAAGUCCAUAAAAAGGUAAAAUAUUUGGGAAUAUGGUUGACUACAAAAAAUAUUAAUAUUUAUAAAGAUAAUUAUGAAAAAUUUGGAAUGAAAUAAAAAGGAAACUAGAAAUAUGGAAUAGGUUGAAUCUUUCCCUCUUAGGAAGAAUUGCAGCAAUAAAGAUAAACAAUACCGAUAGUAAGUGAUAAUGCUUGCUUCAGAAAAUGGCAGCGAGAUAUGUCAAAAUUUAUCUGGAGUGGGGAAAAGCCAAGACUAAAAUAUAAAAUACUUACAGAUGUAAAAGAAAGGGGAGGCUUUUCCCUUCCAGAUUUUAAACUUUAUUAUGAAGCAGCAUGUCUUACUUGGAUUCGGGAUUGGAUUAAAUUAGAAAAAGAAGAGGCAAUAGAUCUAGAAAGACAUGAUAACAGAUUUGGGUGGCAUGCAUAAUUAUGGUAUGGGAAAGCAAAGGUACGUAAAGGAUUCCAUAAUCACAUAAUAAGAAGGUCCCUAUUAAAGGUUUGGGGGAAAAUAUAAAGUUAUUGGAACCUAAAACUCCGUGGUGGAUAUCACCUGAAUGAAUUUUUUAAAGAGGAUAAUAAAAAAGGAUUUGCCUAUACAGUUUCCAAAUUCCAAAGGGAUGUUAUAGAUGACAACUCUAAACUGUUAAAAAGGCAUAUGGCAUACUUUGGGAAUGGGAAACUAAAGAUGAGGAAGUUAAAUCAGUAAUGAUUAAAUGGGCACAGGAUAUAGGGCAUAAUACAGUGGUACUUCGGGUUACAUAUGCUUCAGGUUACAUACGCUUCAGGUUACAGACUCCGCUAACCCAGAAAUAGUGCUUCAGGUUAAGAACUUUGCUUCAGGAUGAGAACAGAAAUCGCGCAGCAGCGGCGCAGCAGCAGCAGGAGGCCUUGGAAAGAUUUAAAAGAGGACUAGACCAAUGGAUUGUAGAUCAGGCUAUCGAUGGCUCCCAGCCCCAGCGUCUUGUGUUCUGCCUCUAAAAGCCAGUUGCUGGGAAUCCCAGGUGGGGGGAGGGUGUUGUGCUUGUGUCUUUGCAGGCUUCCCCAUAAGCACCUGGUUGUCCUCUGUGAGAACAGAGUGCUGGACUAGAUGGGUCUUUGGCCUGAUCCAGCAGGGCUCUUUGUUUGUCUGGGCCCCAGCAAGUAACCAGCUCUGGCAACCUUUUCCAUUAGUCAAGGGCUUCAUUUCCUUGCUAAUGAAUCUGUGUUACCACAUUCACCUAAGACCAGCUAAAUGUUUCUCACAUCUGCCUCUCUUCUCUGCGCUCUGUGCUAUAGCAAGAUGGGGGGCUUCCCUGGAGAUGCAGCCAAUCUCUCAUAUGAAAGAGGGAUGUGUCUGCACUCUGACAGCCAGUGUGCUGGGAGGCAGAGGGUUUGGUAGCUCAGCACAUGACGGGAACGGGUGAGGUGGGAUGACUCACAGCCCAGGAAGCCCUUUAUGAAGAGCUCUUGAAUGCAGACCCUUCAGUUGCACCCCCGCCUCUCCACAUUGAAAGCAAAAUACUUUUACUCCGAGAAAGGGGGGGGGGGUUGGUAAGAGCAAGAGAAGGAACAGAGAAAGCAUAUGUCAGGAGGGACAAAACCCCAGCUAUCAAUCAGCAGGGGAGCUAGGCAGAAGCAGUGUGUGUUAUGUAUUACAGAGCUCAGAAGUUCCCUUUUCCUAUUCAGAUAUUAUUAAUGCAAUGGGAAAGGGCCAUUUCACAAGCUUUCCUCUCCAUAUAAGCUACAGCAUGAAAGAAACUUCAGGCAGCCUCCUACCCCCCACCCCCAUACAAUCUUAAUUGUGUAUCUUGUCACUGCAAACCUUUGAGACCUGUGAUUAUUCCAGCCAAUUUGAAAUGAUUCCUGCCAGAGGUUUGCUGAGCUGUCUCAGGGGCCUUAGAAAACGCCAGACACUAAAUACCAUAUUUAUGAUGUGCAUUUAGCCUUUUAAAGGCACUGUUCAAAAGCUCCAUAGAGGAAGGUUCAAGAGGGCUAUUCAUUUUUGGAAAAAGUCUUGGGAUUAAGUCCCCUUUCCCCAAGAAAGGGCCUUUAAAUUCUUCCUAGAAAAUAAUAAUAAGCAUUAACACAACACUUUUGUUGAAUGCUUCUUUCUUUCCUCAGAAACAAGCCAAGCCCUACCAAGGCUGCUUCAAUUUUAGCAAAGGUCCAUUUAGUUUACCUGAACAGUUUUGGAUUCAGAUACAAAAUGUGCUCUGAAGCUACAGAUUUUUAUAAAUGUGAAUUAUUUUUAUAAAUCUGAAGUCAAGAAAGUUGUUGAAGCAACAGGUAUGCUAAUAUGCACCUUCUGAUUGGCUGGUGUUGUCACAUAAUGAAGCAACAUGAUGCCUUUCUGCAUAUUACCGUACUUAGCAUAAGAACAGCCCCAAAGCAGGGUAAACAGAACGGGAAAUUUGCAUUGUAUCCAGUCUGACUGAUUUUCAUAUUACUGGGAUUAGUAAUUACAAGGAUUCCAGUAAGUUUCAUUUCUUGCCUAUGUAUUCAGGCAAAUAUUUCCAAUGACUAUGAUGAGCUUUCUGUAGUUUGCUGCAGACACAGAUGAGGGUAGGAACCAGGGCUGGAUUUAGGUUUGUUGAGGCCCUAAGCUACUGAAGGUAAUGGCGCCCUUUCUAUGUCCAGCUGUCCUUUGUCAACAACAAAUUGUCUCUGUUUUUUGUGCUGAAUAUGCCAAAAGGUAUCUAAAGCUAUUUGCACAUAACAAAUAGGAGCCUACACAACACAUCACACUGUUGCUGUAUAUAGGUUUUAUUUUGUUUUUUAUCUUAUAUUUUGGAAAUGUACAUCCUUUCAAUUUUGGGGGGCUCCCCAGAAGAGUGGGGCCCUAAGCUAUAGCUUGUUUAGCUUAUAUGUAAAUCCGGCACUGGUAGGAACACAAGCUGUUUCAUCAGAAGCCAUGAAGGGAAUGGCUGUGCUACCUCUUCUAAAGCUGCUCCUUCUACAGACAUUUAGUUCUUGAUGCUCCUACUCCAUGACAGAAUAAGUCCCACUUGAUACAGAGGUGCUGAGGCUGCCUGGAUUCCUUUUCUGGUUAGCAUAAAAGGGAAGGAAUAAAUCAUCUACCAAUGAUAAGAGUAUGUGGCCAUUCCGGGAGAACCCUGUGUAAUUGGUUUCUCAGCUUGACUGUGUGGUGCUGCAGUUCAGAGUCUUUGUUGCUAUGUUAAUUGCCAUGGGUUUGUGCAGUGCUGCUUUUGUUAACUGCUCCUGAGGGCCAAAGGAGUUGUGACAAAAAAAGAUAAAUUUGUUCUUCUUGAGUUAGCUGAAUUCUAUUUAUAUACUUGAUAUAUUCCUCUGCCUUUGACACAAUAUAGGUGAAGCUAAAUUGGACAAACUGGAAUGCAAAACAGAAAUUGUACCACAUGGACCACUGUAUGAUAUGCGUCUGAGGUAGCAUCCUGGUUCAAGCCUGGUCUCAGAUGGUAGGCAAGUUAAAGACCCAUGCCUUUAUCUUAGGGGAGGAUCUUUGUCAGGCUGUUUUCCGUAAAUAUAUUGUGGAUGUUUUUCCAAGUAACAGUGCACUGCUAGUCUGAACAGAGGGAGAUACUGUAUUUUCACCCUUUGGUCCUCUAGUGAUGAUGAGACACUGCUAUUCUGUAAUUGAUUGGAAGUGGAGUUAAAUAGAGAUUCCAUACAGCAUUUAAUCUAAUGCCAGGGGUAUAUUAUCAAGGGGUGGAGUCUGCUGGGGAGACUGCUGCCUUUUUCCACCUAUGGAAGAAUUUGUUUGUUUGUGAGCCCAAGUAAGAGAGAGAAAGGGAUUUGUGCUUGAAUGCAUGCAUGUGCGUCUGGAAGGGAUGGGGGUGUGUUUUCUAUGUGUUUGUGAAAAAAAGAGAUAGAAAGCGGGUGUGGGUCUGCCUGUGUGUUGUGUGCGUGUGAAGGGAGAUAAAAAGUUAAGAGGAAGAAGUAUACUAAAAGCAAGUUUCUUGAAUGGGUGGAGGAAAGUUGAAUGUGCUACAUUAGAUCAGAACAAUGGAGUACAGUGGUACCUCAGUUUACAAACUUAAUCCAUUCCGGAAGUCCAUUCUUAAACCAAAGCUGUUCUUAAACCAAGGCACGCUUCCCCUAAUGAGGCCUCCUGCCGCCGGUGCCCUUCCACCGUUCGGCUUCCUUUCGUAGACCGAGGUAAAGUUCACAAACCGGGACACUACUUCCGGUUUUGCGGAGUUCAUAAACCGAAUAGUUCAUAAACAGAACUGUUCUUAAACCGAGGUACCACUGUAUUGGGAUUUAUGAUAGGAGGUGGGAAAUGGGGUUUACCAGAAAGGGAGGGAGGAGGAGGCUAAAAGGGGAAAGUGGGGUGUCCCAAGGAUGGGCAAGUACCAUAGGGCAAAAGAGGGGGAGAAGUAUGCCAAACAGGGAAGUGGGAGGAGCGAGCAUGUCAAAGAGGGAAUCUCCAGGGCUGGGAAGAGAAAAAGAAGAUGCAGUGAACUAUGGAGAUUAGUCAUUUGGUGGUAUAAAAAAACAUGGUGGGCGGGGAGGAAAAGUCAUUUUGCACAUGUUCAGAGGAGCUUCUUUUGCAAGGUGUCUUGGGCAGGGGGUUGCCAGAAAAGGAGCAGGGAGGAAGAGGCAUGGGAAUGGGGAAAGGUGACAAAGCAGUUACGAAGAAGGCUGCAGAACAGGAGGGAAUGAAUGCUUCAGAAUUGGAUCUGUGUGCAAAGAGGGCUCAGUCGAGUGGGGAAGAAGACCCAGGAGGUGGCCUGGAGUGCCAUUUAAGUGCAAGGAGGGAGGCUACAGAAAAGGAGUUGGGAAGAAGCACAAACAUGGCGGUGAGAGUGAAAAUAGGGGUACAAAGCAGGACUGCAGAAUAGAAAAGAGGAGCCACUUCAUAAACAGGGUAGGGAAGGCGGCUUAGUACUUAUGUGGGGUGGGAAAGGGAAGCUCUAGAGCAGGGGUAAUCAAUCUUUUUAUACCUUCUGCCCACUAAUGCAUCUUUCUUGAUGAUAAAAAUUACUUACUGCCCACCAGUGCUUGAUGGAAAGAGGAUUCAGCUCGUGCCAUAGAACCCCCUACCGUCCACCUAAAAUCCUGAAACGCCCACUAGUGGGUGAUGGGGACCAGGUUGACAACCCCUGAUCUGGAGGUUUACCAUGGGGAGAGCUACAGCAAUGAGUUGCUGAAGUGCAGAUUUAAUGGGAUGGGGAUUGGUCAAGUGGAAAGGGUGGGGUGUGUGGCAGGCAGGUGGGGUUGCUAUAAGAGGCACAGCAACGCCUGGUAUGUAUAACCAGAUAGAUAGAUAGAUAGAUAGAUAGAUAGAUAGAUAGAUUAUAUAUUGCAUAAUGCCUGCUCACCUGGUAUUCGUUCUGAAUUCAUUGCCCCUGUAGACUUGGAAGUUUUACUUUGAAUUUAUUUGUGCUUACUAUGUUUUAAAUGUUACUCUGUGAAAUAUAUUAAAAUCUAGUCCUGGUGUUUCUCUUUUACUAGGAAAUGAUCAAGCUAAAUCUAAAGGAAAAGCUAUCACAGACCUGGAAUGAUAUAUAUUUCUAUAACAAGUGUGUAAUAUAUUUUAUUGUCCCAGGCCACUUUAACCUAGGCUAUAAAUGUUGGGGUUUUUUAAAAAAUAAGCUUAUAAUCAAGAGUACUUUCUAUGUGAAAGUACACUUGAUUUAAGCUUUUUUAAAAACCAGCAUUUAUUUGAACUAUACUUGCCGUAAAGCAACUGGAUGACAAAGUCAAUAGCAACUCUCCGUUGAUUAUUGCUGUCUGAGGCAAAUCAGGACAUAUGAAUUACCCCAAAUGGUGGAUUUGGGGAGGACCUGCUAAUGAGGAUACAUCCAUUAUUCAUUGUUGCUCUCUGAUUAGUGAUGGUUUAAUUAUGCCUGUACUGUGUGCAGCCUCUUUCCUAGAUAGCUGUAAAAAUUUGAGCACCUUCACCACGGAGUGAGGUAAAUCUCUUUUAAGAGGCCGUGGCAAAGCUGAAGAUAGUCCUCAGGGUGAGACCAGAAAAGAUUAAACUCUUUGAUUUUCCUUCUUAAUAAGGGGGGGGGGGAUGACACACCUCCCUGAACACAGCACUGGACAAAGAUCUUUUUGCUGCAGUUGCUGGGUUAGGUCUGAAUGGUGCUGAAGGCAGAAGCAACAUCAGUGCUAAAAGUGGGCUAGAAAAUCAACACUAAAAGCCACUAAAUGCAAAUCUUAGAGCAGGUGGUCCAACAGUCUAUACUAAGGGGGCUGCAAGAUCUGGAACCCGCUGGCCACACAUGGCCUUGUUAUGUGGGAGGCAGGGAGCAAGGCCAAAAUUGGAUGCCCCAACCCUUGAAAUGCCUUCCCCAAGCUGGCUCAGUGAGGUGCUGGGCUUUGGGAAGGAGGUGCAUGGGCUCUGGCAGGGUCCUAAAGCCAUCCCAUCUCCUUCCCAAAGCUGGGAAAGCACUAACUAGGGCUUUGGCAAGGAGCAGGAGGACUCUAGGACCCUGCCAGAGCCUUCACACCUCCUUCCCAAAGCCCAGCACCUCGCUUACCUGGUUUUGGGAAGGCAGGGGGGGGCAGAUGUUGCCAAAGGCUUCCAAAAAGGUCUCAAGGAUCGCAUGCAGCUGUUGGGCCAUGCGUUGGACCACCUGUUGCAAAUGCUUAGGAAGUUGGGAUAGUUUUUAACUUCUUUAGUGUUUUAACUUCCACAUGUUUUAAAGUAUGGUUGUGAAUGUUUCUAUUUGUAGACAAGCCACUUUGAGGGGGUUUUUUUAAUGGGGAAAGGGACCCAAUCCAUGCUGAGUUCAGCCACUUUCCCCAUAUGUAACUACUCUCCUCUACAGCAUUACCCAAGGCCACUUCUUGUCAGCAACUAAAGGUGUCUUCCUCAGAACUCAGUGGCCCAAGACAUUUUACCGCUUGAGGUGCAAUAGCAAAUAUACCCUACCAGGUCAAGGUACAUAGUAUCCAAGGCUAGCCAAGUUAUUUUGGCACCUGGACUGAAUCAGUGAAUCGGUGUUUGGGUUUGCUCUGGAGGAAAAACCUGCUUCCUUUUGCUGCCCCCACCCCCUAAUAGGGCAGUGGAACACAACACAUUUCCCAGUGAAUGGAAGCAGCCAUCAAAAGGCAUUAAGGCAAGCUCCUGGCCUCCUUCUGUUGUCAAGCCACGUAACACCUAAAGAGAGAGGUCACCUCUUUACUCUGUAAAAAAGAAUAGUAAGUCCCACACUAGUUUUUAAAGCAAGGAACAUGCAGUACAUGGAAUUAGCGGUGGAAACAAUUCUUUUAUGGACCAUACAGUAUAUGAGCUAGUAGUCUUGCAAUUUAUUUUCGAAUGUUUCAGGUUCUGCUUCCUGCCUCAGGACUUAGCAUUUUUUUCAGGCUCCUUUUCUACUCCUGUUGCCUUGGGUUCCUCUCUUUGCUCACUUCAGCUCACACAACUCUGCUCUCCACAGAGGCUGAAGGAGUUAACAGGUGUGUAAAGGAGAUGACAGUCUGGGAGUGUCCAUAUCUUAGACAGCAAGGAAUGACUGAGGUGUAAUGCAAUGGUGGAAAAUGAGCUUCUCAGUUCCGGUUGCUUUGUAGGGGUGAGCAAGAGUCUCUGCCACUUCCACACACACACACACUCCUCACAGAACAUGAUGGAGCCUCUUCCAGUGGAAAAGAGAGAAGCCUUUUGGUGGUGAAGCCAGAGAGUGGAAAGACAGGAGUCUUUCCCCCACUAGGUUGAUCUUUAUGAAUAACUGUGCAGGGAAUACUGAAAUGAAGUGAAAAUGCCACAAAAGUGUUGGUGGGUGUGGGUGUAUUUGCACACCCACCUGCAUGCACUCAAGUCACUCUAGAUCUGCAUGUGAGAAGGAUAAGAUAUGAAACCUCAAUGCCAAGGUACAAAGCCAUUUUAAGUUGUUAUCAUUGAAAAGUCAUUAGAAAUCUGUCAGAGGAGCCAGGCACAGAUUGCCAAGGGAGGGCUCAGAGGCCUUUUUUCUUUGCACAAUAUCUGUAAUGAACUGGAAGGGCUGGGGCUGGGGCUGGGAAGCAGAUUUCCUGCCUUAAGCUGAAGCUUCUUUUCAGCUGGCUUUUGCAACACUUUUACGAUGUGUUCAUUGUACCAACUCACAUGUUGGUUAACCAUUCUAUUGUGUGAUGAGAUAUUUUAUCUGUCUGACCUCAGCCUUUGCCAUAUGGUAGGGCAAAUUGUUCAGUUGAAAGGCAAGUGAGUUAAAAAGAGAAGGUUGAAGACUUCUGAUGAGAAAGCUUCUGUAUUAUGCUUGGUAACCGCUUUCGUGAAGCCAUUCUGACAGACAACUAUAGCUUGUUCUGUAAAGUGGAGAGAUCUGACACAGACAAAUAGCAUCUCACAAUAUGCUCCUCUCUGCAGUAAAUACCUUGGUUUUGUAAGUGGCUAAGAGGUGACAAAAACAACAGGCAUGUAAAAGUUAUGACGCUAGAAGAUGAGCCCCUCAGGUCAUAAGGUGUCCAACAUACUACUGAGGAAGAGUGGAGGACAAGUACAAGUAGAUUCAGAGCUGAUGAAGCAGCUGGGCCAAAGCUGAAAGGUCACUCAGUUGCAGAUGUGCCUGGAAGUGAAAGGAAAGUUCAAUGCUGUAAUGAAAAAUAUUGCAUAGGAACCUGGAAUGUAAGUUCCAUGAACCAUGGUAAACUGGAUGUGGUCAAAAAUGGGAUGGCAAGAAUAAAUAUUGACAUCCUGGGCAUCAGUGAACUAAAAUGGAUGGGAAUGGGCAAAUUCAGUUCGGAUGAUAAUCGUAUCUACUACUGUGGGCAAGACUCCCAUAGAAGAAAUGGAGUGGCCCUCAUAGUCAGCAAAAGAGUAGCAAAAGCUGUACUGGAAUGCAAUCUCAAAAAUGAUAGAAUGAUAUUGAUGCGAAUCCAAGGCAGACCUUUUAACAUCACUGUAAUCCAGGAUUAUGCACCAACUACCGGUGCUGAAGAAACUGAAAUUGACCAAUUCUAUGAAGACUUACAACACCUUCUAGAAAUGACACCAAAGAAGGCUGUUCUUCUCGGAAGGGAAUUACUUUCAUAUGUGGUGAACAUGUCCUAAGAUUAAAGCCUAUAUACCGGUAUAAUGAACUGAAAAGGAUUUUCAAAAAUACCUUUAGUAAAAAACCAGAGGCCUUUUUAUUAGGGAUAAUAGGUGAAGAAAUUCCCAAAAAAGACAUAAAUAUAUUUAUGUAUGCUACCACUGCAGCAAGGAUACUUUUAGCCCAGAAAUGGAAGCAGCAGGAACUUCCAGUGUUGGAAGAAUGACAGACGAAGAUGACUGAAUAUGCCGAACAGGCGAGACUGACAGGGAAAAUCCGCAACCAGCAUGACAAACUCUUUGGAAAGGACUGGAGUAAAUUUGUACAAUAUAUGAAGGAACAUUGUAAACAUUUGAAAACAUAAAUAUUGGAAGUAAGUUUUUUUAAGUAUUGAGAUAAGGUAAAUAGGGUGAUUUAGAAAUGCUAAGAAAAAAGUGAUUACAUAUGGAAGUCAGGGAGGGUGCAGGAGGAAGUCAAAGCUCAAUUUGAGCAAGUAUAUAUGUGAUUGUCAGGGAACUGCCAUCAGUGCCGGAGGGAGAGAGCAAAAGCCAGAGGGAUUCCAGAGAGCGUCCAGGGAUCGGGAGAAGCAGCCCAUCUUCUGGGGAAGAGAAUCAGCAUAGCACCAGUGGAGAAGGGGGGCAGAUGGGGGAAGCGGCGAGGCGGUCCCAUGACUCCUUUCCUGGGACCAGCGGGGAGAGUAGGGGUCCUCCGUUGCCCACGCCCUCCUUGCGCAGAAGGCUUUCGCGCAGAGAGGGUAGGAGGAGACUAGGCGUCAAAGAGCUUCUUUGCUGGAAGAAGUUCAAGAAACGCCCACUCACGGAUUCUGCCAGCGACUGAGUCAGCCAUGGGCGAGUGGCGUCCGUACAGAUAAAGUUUACUUUGGCAACCCAGCCAGGUGUUUGCACCCAGCCAGGGAAAUAGUUGCUUGCUUGCGCACGAGCAACCCCUUAGAAACCAUAACAACACUCUUCCGGUUGAGCGCGAUCCCGUCGUGAGCGGGGAUGUCUUCCUAGCGGAGAAUCCCGGGUUUUUCGGAGGAUUUAGGGGUGCCACAGGGCGCAGUGGCCCGUAGAAGUAGUACCUGGAGGGUGUCCAGAUACUCAGGUUCCCGCGACAGCCGAAACGCAGACCGUCUGGCUGCCAGGUAACUCCCGACGGGAGCAAAGAGUGCGGCAGGGGGGAGAAGCGGGCUGAAGGGAAGCCAUAGCUACCUCUGGAAAACGAAGCCCCAAGCUCGCAGGGGAAGCGCUUAAUUCUCCAGUCUAAGAAAUUCGGUCCUAAAUUGAUUAUAAGGAAGCGGAUUUAACAUCAGAAAGGAUUCGGAUUCAAAACUGAUAAAUGUGGAGAUCAGCUGUCAUCUGCAAGCAGUGUUAACGCAUUCUACAAGCAAGCCGGAGAAAAGGGAAGUGAGUUACCGCUCGCGGCUUGUUUCUUUCCCCCUUUUGACUACUUGAGAAAUAUUUCUCUAAAAAGAUACAGAGUAACUUAAGGCGAAACUAAGUUAAAAGGGGGGGCGGAGGAUUAAUUUUAGAAUUUGAAGGUCCUCGUUGUAACUGUGGGAGAAAAGAGAUACAAGAAUGUUCCCAGUUUCACUUUUUUAAAAAAACUGUGCAACAGAAGAGGAGCUUCCGACUCCAUUGUCUUUUGUCUGUCUUCUGCAAUCACGGAAAGGACAUAAAUUCAUUAGAUUUUGGGCAUUUCGAUCGCUUUUUUGAAGUGAUUUUAUUUACUUUUACUAGCCACUAUUACCAUUUGGAUUUCGAUUAUGAUUUUUUAAUAAGGAAAUCUUUAAAUAAAGUUGGACUUUUAGACUUCCCUCAAAAACUUUUGUUUUGGGAGCUUAGGCCCCCUGUGGACAGAAGAGGAACUACAACUUGUUUUUUUACUGGAUUUUCUUUGUUCUCCUGGCUCUACUUUGUUUUGCUGUUCUUUUUUGCUUUCUCUUCCUUUUUAGGGGUUGGAUGUCUCUGGUUUUUUCCUUGUCCUCAAUAAUGAGUUUUUGUGAAGUAUCCACUUGGAUGUUUUUUUAUUUGGCUUAAUUUUAGUACUAUUUCAAUUUUCUUUUUUUUUUUAAUUGGAACAUUUAUUUGGACACAAUUACCAAAAUUGGAUUACAAUUUAAAUUAUAAUUGGCUUAUAAAGGUCUGGAAGGAUUAGCCUAAUUGGAGGCAGAAGAUUUAGAACUUUGGAUUAUUUUUUGGAGGGAAAGUAACUCUUCUUUGGUGAUAUAAUAUGAACGAAAUUGGAUUACAAAUUGGAUUAUAAAUUGGAUUACAAAUGGGUUACUGUGCGUUCCUAAAGGAUUAGCCUAAUUGGUGGCAAGAAGAAUUUGGACAUCGAAUCUGUGUCUCCUUUUCUCACAGUAUUUUAAGUUUAAGGAUCCAACUGGGCUGAAGAUAUCUGGACUUUGAAAGUGGGAUUUGAAGGAAUAUACAAAAGACUAAAUUAAGAACAUAUAGAUCGUAAAAUUUGAAAGUAAUUGGAUAUAUUUGGUUUUCGGUGGUGUAUUUAGAAGGUUGUCUGAAGCAGUGGGGAAAAUUUAUUUUUUAAUUUGGAUUACUAAGUGAUAAGUGUGUAAACUAUAUUUGUGAGAAUGUCCCACCAACCGAAGAAAGGAGGUGAGGGGGGAACGCCAGCAGAUAGAAGAGGAUCCAAACAAGAAUCAGAUUUUAAAGGAGAAAUAUUAAAAAUGUUUGCAGAAAUUAGGCAAAGUGAAAAGAAUUUGGAAGAAAAAUUAGAACAAGUGGAUACGAGAAUUGAACAAGUAGAUACUAGAAUAGGAAAAAUGGACAAAAAAAUUGAUGAGACAGUAAAUGAAUUGAAGGGGCAAAUUAAAGAGGUAUCGAAAAGAACACAAUCUCUGGAAGAGGGAAUGAAGAAGACAAGAAUGGAAAUGAAGGAAGUGAAACGUGAGGAGGAGAAAAUCAAAGCGGGUUUAUCUGAAGUUAACAAAUCACAGGAGGAGAUAUGGGACGCUAUUGCUAUGAACGAAUUGAGACAGAGGGAAGUGAACCUCAGACUGAGAGCCAUGCCCGAGGUUCAAGGUGAGAACAUUAGAGAGAAAUUAAUAACAGAGAUAGCACAAUGGAUGGAGUUACAAAAUGAUGAGGUUGCGAGAACAGUACAGAACGCAUUCAGGAUGAGAGUAAGAACAACCAAAUCAAAGAAAGUUCCAGGAGAUUGUUUAAUUACCUUCAAAGAUAGAGAAAUGAGAAAUUUGAUACCUCAAAGAAAUAGAGAAAAAAGACUAAACAUCGAUGGAAGUUAUAUAAUUAUUUUUAAUCUACUCAGAUCCAAAUCAGUCAAUGUCAAGAAUAGAUCAAAUCUGGGUCUCAAAUGAAUUAACUCCAAGAAUUCUUCAAAUUGAAAUCCAACCUAGAGUAAUUUCGGAUAACAGCCCAAUAAAAUUGGAGAUAAAAGGUUAUGAAGAAAGAUCAUUCAGAUGGAGAAUUAAUGAUUACCUCUUAGCAGAUCAAAAAAUCAUACAAGAGGCACAAAAGAAGUUGAUGGACUAUUUCACGGAUAACUGUAAUAAAGGCACAAAGAUGAGUAUAGUUUGGGAUGCAAGUAAGGCGGUAAUGAGAGGAUUCUUCAUUCAGCAAAAUGCAAUCAAAAAUAAGUAUAGAAAGGAAAGAAGGAAAUUUUAAAACAAAUAAUGGAGAAUGAACAAAAACUAAUCAAGCAACCCAAUAAUUUAAAGAUAAAACAAAACAUUAAAGUUCUGCAAACACAAUUUGCUAUGAUAAUAAACAAAGAGGUGGAAUGGAACAUCAAAAAGUUAAGACAAAAGAAUUUUGAGUUCGCUAACAAGUCGGGCAAAUGGCUCGUGUGGCAAAUCAAGAAAAGAAAGGAACAAAACACAAUUAAUAAAAUUGUUGUGGAUGGAGAAGAAAUAGAAAAUCCGAAAGGUAUCAGGAAAGGAUUCUUGGACUUUUACAGUCAUUUGUACAGAAACAGAGAAAAGAAUAAUAUGAAGAAAAUAGAAAGAUACUUAAAAGAUAAAAAGGUGCAGAAGAUCCCGACGGAAAAGAAAGACAGACUGAACGCCCCAAUUGAGAAUGAGGAAAUAAUAGAGGUCAUAAAAGAAUUAAAAAGAGGGAAAGCUCCAGGACCAGAUGGUUUUACAUCUUGCUAUUAUAAGGAACUGAGACAUAUCCUGACGGUACCACUGAAAGUUAUGAAUAGCAUUUUGAAGGAAAAAGAUAUCCCGAAAUCUUGGAAAGAAGCCUUCAUUACACUUAUUCCCAAGCAAGACUCUGAUUUAUCACAAGUUAAGAAUUACAGGCCGAUUUCAUUAUUGAAUACAGACUACAAUUUUUUUUCUGGAAUAUUAGCAAAAAGGUUGAAAAAGGUUUUACAAGAACUUAUCCAUGAAGAUCAAGCUGGUUUUCUCCCAGGCAGACAGAUGAAAGAUAAUGUUAGAAAUAUAAUUAAUAUUUUGGAAUAUCUGACUGCCAGGAAUGAGAAACAAGCUAUACUAAUGUUUGUAGAUGCAGAAAAGGCCUUUGACAAUAUAUCAUGGGAAUUUAUGUUAAAAAAUUUAGAGUAUAUGGAGGUUGGAAAAGAUUUUUAUAAUGGGAUAAGGGCGAUUUAUACAGAACAGAAAGCAAAACUGAUUGUCAAUAAUGUGAUUAUGGAAGAAGUGAAGAUAUCGAAAGGUACAAGACAGGGAUGUCCUCUCUCGCCACUGUUAUUUAUAAUGGUCCUGGAAGUUCUUUUGAAUUCGAUUAGACAAAAUGGGCUUAUAAAAGGGGUGACAGUAGGUCAGAAUGAAUAUAAAGUUAAAGCCUUUGCCAAUGAUUUGGUAAUAACGAUAGAAGAUCCACUAAAAAGUCUAAACGAGGUACUGGAGGAGAUUGACCAAUUUGGUAAGGUAGCCGGGUUUAUACUAAAUAAGAAAAAAACGAAAGUAAUUGUAAAAAAUAUGGAUCAUAAUGUAACAGAAAUAAUGCAACAAUAAAUAGGGAUUGAAGUGGCGAAGAAGGUGAAAUACUUGGGAAUAUGGUUAACUUCCAAAAACAUUGAUUUAUUUCAAAAUAAUUACGUACCAGUGUGGAACGGAAUUGAAAAAGACCUGGAGGUAUGGCGAAGGAUCUUUUUGGGGCAGAAUUUCAACGAUUAAAAUUAGUGUGCUUCCAAAGAUGUUAUUUUUAUUUCAAAUGAUUCCUAUAAUCAAAGGGACUGUGAUUUUUAAAGAGUGGCAAAGAGUAAUUUCAAGAUAUAUUUGGCAGGGCAAAAAGCCAAGAAUACAAUUUAAAUUAUUAACAGAUGCGAAAGAAAGAGGAGGCUUUGCCCUGCCAGACUUGAAAUUAUAUUACGAAGCGUCCUGUCUCUGUUGGUUAAAAGCAUGGAUAAAAUUAAAAAAAUAACAAACUGUUAGAUUUUGAAGGAUUUGAUAACAGAUUUGGAUGGCACGCGUAUCUAUGGUUGGAGAAGAAGAAAAGCCAUAAGGGUUUUGAGAAUCAUAUUUUCCGGAGAUCUUUAAUAGAAAUAUGGGAUAGGUAUAAAAAUAUAUUAGAACCUAAAGUUCCACACUGGUUGUCCCCAUUAGAGGUUAUGAGUGUAAAGAAAAUAAAUAUGAGAGGGAACUGGAAGGAGGAAAGUGGAAAAUGAAGCCAUAUGAACAAGUAAAAGAAUUUGUGUUUGAUUGGUUACACUAUUUUCAGGUAAAUGAAAUGUUCAAAAAGGAUUGUAAAGAGAGUGGAUAUGCAGAAAAAGAAUCGAAAUUUCAAACAGAGAUCAUUAACAGUGAUUAUAAGACAUUGUCAAAAAUGUAUGGAAUGUUGUUAGAAUGGCAAACGAUGGAUGAGGAAGUAAAGUCGGUGAUGAUACAUUGGGCCAAAGAUUUGGGAUAUAAUAUACAAUUGGAUGAUUGGGGGGAAAGUAUGGAAUGUAAAUAUAAAAUUUACAGCAUGUACUGCGUUAAAAGAGAAUAUUAUGAAAAUUGAAUUGAAGAAGAAUUGAAGAUGUUGAAAUAUACAUUUGUAAAAAAACCAGAAGCAUUUCUGUUAGGAAUAAUAGGAAGUAAAAUAAAUAGAAGGGACAAUAAACUCUUUCAAUACGCAGUUACAGCAGCGAGAAUAUUAAUGGCCCAAAAAUGGAAACAGGAAGAAAUACCAACACUUGAAGAAUGGAGAAUGAAACUUAUGGACUAUGCUGAACUGGACAAACUAACUGGGAAGAUUAGAUAUCAACAGGACCACAAGUUCAUCGAGGACUGGGGAAAAUUUACUGAAUAUCUGAAAAGUAUAUGUGAUGAACAAACAACACUAGUGGGAUUUAAAGAGGCUUUGUGAAAGGUAGAGGAAUAUUGUUAAACAGAAAGAGGAUUGAAAAAGUAAUAUUAAAAUGCAAUCUUAAACUUAGAAAAUGUGUAAAAAUGGGAAAAUAUGGAUGUUUGACAGUGAAGCUGAUGGAAGUCCAAAAAUUGAAAUUUGUGAAAAUUUGUUUGAUAUUGGAAUUGAUAUAAUGAAAAAUUUUAAUAAAAAUUUUUUUUAUAUAUAUAUAUAUAAUAGAAACCAUAACAGCAAUGCAGAAAUUUUAUUUGGUUGUUAUAAAGGAAAAAUAAUAAUAAUAUUAAAAACAAACAAAGAAGGAUGUUCUUCUCAUUAUAAGGGAUUGGAAUGCUCAACAGAUAAAAGCAGGAACUGGCAAGUUUGGCCUUGGAGUUCAAAACGAAGCAGGGCAAAGGCUAAUAGAGUUCUGUCAAGUGAACAAGCUGGUCAUCACAAACACUCUUUUCCAGCAACACAAGAGAGGACUCUACACAUGAACAUCACCAGAUGGGCAGCAUCGAAAUCAGAUUGAUUAUAUUCUCUGCAGCCAAAGAUGGAGAAGCUCUAUACUGUCAGCAAAAACAAGACCUGGAGCUGACUGUGGCUCAGAUCAUCAGCUUCUUAUAGCAAAAUUCCAGCUUAAACUGAAGAAAGUAGGAAAAACCACUGAGCCGGUAAGAUACAAUCUAAAUCAAAUCCCUUAUGAAUACACAGUGGAAGUGAGGAACAGGUUUAAUGAUUUAGAUUUGGUGGACAGAGUGCCUGAAGAACUAUGGAUGGAGGCUCGCAACAUUAUACAGGAGGCAGCAACGAAAACCUCCCCAAUGAAAAGGAAAUGCAAGAAAGCAAAGUGGCUGUCCAACGAGGCCUUACAAAUAGCGGGGGAGAGAAGGCAAGCAAAAUGCAAGGGAGAUAGUGAAAGAUACAGGAAAUUGAAUGCAGAUUUCCAAAAAAUAGCAAGGAGAAACAAGAGGGCCUUCUUAAAUGAGCAAUGCAAAGAAAUAGAGGAAAACAAUAGAAUGGGAAAAACCAGAGAUCUGUUCAAGAAAAUUGGAGAUAUGAAAGGAACAUUUCGUACAAAGAUUACCAUAAUAAAGAAUAAAGGACAAAAGUGGUAAGGACCUAACAGAAGGGGAAGACAUCUAGAAGAGGUGGCAAGAAUACACAGAGGAAUUAUACCAGAAACAUAUGAAUGUCUCGUACACCCCAGGUAGUGUGGUUGCUGACCUUGAGCCAGAUAUCCUGGAGAGUGAAGUCAAAUGGGCCUUAGAAAGCACUGCUAAUAACAAGGCAAGUGAAAUUGAUGAUAUUCCAGCUGAACUAUUAAAAAUUUUAAAAGGGUGCUACACUCAAUAUGCCAGCAAGUUUGGAAAACUCAGCAGUGGUGAGAGGAUUAGAGAAGAUCAGUCUACAUCCCAAUCCCAAAGAAGGGCAGUGCCAAAGAAUGCUCUAACUACCGCACAAUUGCACAAUCACAAAACAUGUGAUGCUGGCAAGGUUAUGCUUAAAAUUCUACAAGGCAGGCUUAAGCAGCAUGUGGACCGAGAACUCCCAGAAGUGCAAGCUGGAUUUCGAAGGGGCAGAGGAACCAGAGUCCAAAUUGCAAACACGCGCCGGAUUAUGGGGAAAGCUAGAGAGUUCCAGGAAAACAUCUACUUCUGCUUCAUUGACUACGCAAAAGCCUUUGACCGUGUCGACCACAGCAAACUAUGGCAAGUUCUUAAAUAAAUGGGAGUGCCUGAUUACCUCAUCUGUCUCCUGAGAAAUCUCUAUGUGGGGCAAGAAGUUACAGUUAGAACUGGAUAUGGAACAACUGAUUGGUUCAAAAUUGGGAAAGGGGUUGACAGGGCUAUAUACUGUCUCCCUGCUUAUUUAACUUAUAUGCAGAAUUCAUCAUGUGAAAGGCUGGACUGGAUGAAUCCCAACAACCUCAGAUAUGCAGAUGACACAACUUUGAUGGCAUUGAGGAGGAAUUAAAGAACCUCUUAAUGAGGGUGAAAGAGGCGAGCGCAAAAUAUGGUCUGAAGCUCAACAUCAAAACAACUAAGGUCAUGGCCACUGGUCCCAUCACCUACUGGCAAAUAGAAGGGGAAGAAAUUGAGGAAGUGAGAGAUUUUACUUUCUUGGGCUCCAUGAUCACUGCAGCUGGUGACGGUAGUCACGAAAUUAAAAGAUGCCUGCUUCUUGGGAGAAAAGUGAUGACAAACCUAGACAGCAUCUUAAAAAGCAGAGACAUCACCUUGCCAACAAAUGUCCGUAUAGUUAAAGCUAUGGUUUUUCCAGUAGUGAUGUAUGGAAGUGAGAGCUGAACCAUCAAGAAGCUGAUCGCCGAAGAAUUGAUGCUUUUGAAUUAUGGUGUUGGAAGAGACUCUUGAGAGUCCCAUGGACUGCAAGAAGAUCAAACCUCUCCAUUCUUAAGGAAAUCAGCCCACUGGAAGGACAGAUCCUGAAGCUGAGGCUCCAAUACUUUGGCCAUCUCAUGAGAAGAGAAGACUCCCUGGAAAAGACCCUGAUGUUGACAAAGAUUGAGGGCACAAGGAGAAGGGGACGACAGAGGAUGAGAUGGUUGGACAGUGUUCUCGAAGCUACUAACAUGAGUUUGACCAAACUGCAAGAGGCAGUUGAAGACAGGAGUGCCUGACGUGCUCUGGUCCAGGGGGUCACGAAGAGUUGGACACGACUAAAUGACUGAACAACAACAAAGAGGUGAGGGGGCCACAGAUGUUUUGCAAGCCAAGAUCCACCUUCCCACUCUCGAGUCACACGGCUGUGAAAUACCCUCUGCCUGGAACCCUGGCUAGAUGGGCAAAUGGUGUGACUCAGUAUAUACUGUCUGUACAUAUAUUGUACAUACUAUCCGUACAAUAUAAAAAUACAAGGCAUCACAAUGAUUAGGCUUUUUUAAUAAACACACAUAUACACUACACUAUCAUUAGGUCAGCAUCUCAGUCACAUCCCCUAGAAACUGAAAGAACAAGAGGCAAUUUGUGAGUCACUGUCAAGGACUUGUUAGGUGACCAGAGCUGUAGAAAGGAGCUGAAGAACAGGUGUGAGCAGGGAUCCCUCACAUCACCAUUCCUGAGAAUUCCUCAAUUCCUUUUUUACUUCCUAGGCACUAGGGUUAGGGUAGGGCCCCUCAAGCUCUUGGGACUUGCAGGAGCUUAAUUAACUACAAACCGCAACAUUUGGGAUCCCCUCAAAACUAAUGUCAAAGUUUUGCAGUCAUUUUGCAGUGUUUUGCAGCAACCCCCCACGUUUUGCAGUGCCCCACAAACAGAGUAACUGACACUCAAAACAGGUCAUGGUGUCACUCCAAAACCCAACACCAUCCGAUUCACUCCAAACUGGCACCCAAGUUUGGCAAAAAUUUUGCAGUGUUUUGCAGUUAAAACCCCACAUUUUGCAGCACCCCACAAAUGGAAUAAUUGACACUUGAAACGGGGAUCAUAGGUACCACCCCAAAAUCCAAUGUUGUCUGAUUCGCUCCAAAUUGGUACCAAAGUUUGGUAGCUUUGUGCAGCCGAAGUUUGGUAAUAGUUUUGCAGAAAGCACAUCAAGGAAAACAUUGAGCCGGGGUUCCUUCCAACUGUGCAAUUCUAUGAUUCUCUGAUUAUAUCAAAAGGUUGUGACCUCAUGUGUGACCUAUUAAGCCCAGUGGUAAAGGAUGGUGACCUGGAAGAAGCCUCCAGACAGCCAUGCAUUCAGAGGGCAAAACAGUGAGGAGCAGGGGCUUGAAAGCCUCAUGUGUUAGUAGGUAACACCUGUGUGUACAAACGCCAUGUCAUUUCCAGGCCUCCCUGGAGUUCCUUAUUGCUUAGCUACAAGUUAUCAUGGUGAAACUUGCUUAGGUUUGUCAUCCUUAUUAGCAAGGAGGUCCAAACUAUGGUUUAAUUUGGACUUGGACAAAUUCCUGGGGAUAGGUAAUGCUCCUACCUCUUUAGUGGAAAAGUGGAAAAGAUGAUCCCAACAGAGGGGAAACCAAGCAGUGAAAGGGUUGAAAGAGAAAUCCAAAAGCCAGAGAGAGAGAGAGAGACUUGAUUUCCGCUUGAAUACAAGGUUGUGACUAUUGGAGAAGACCUUCCUGGGAUGUUGAUGCUGUUAGCUCCUCCAUUGUAGGCUCAGGUUGUAUAUAUGUGUAAAUAAACCAUAUAUUCUAAAGACACUACAGCUUCCGCUGUCCUUCAUUCUAAGGAAACUGAACCCUGGGGAAGCGCCUGCACUGCCUGGUGAUUGGGGUGGCGUGCAACAAUGUCACAAGGCUGCUUUUCAACCAAUAUCAACUCCUAAAAUUGUUAAACGUUGAGAGCUAAAAUCUACAAAAAAGUACAACAUAUACCAGGGAAGCAUAGAAGAGUUUCCAAUGGUCUUUCCUGAUCCCUGGCAGUUGAUGUCAUAAUCCAAGUUCCAGGCUCUUUCCUCCAGAGAAAGGAUGUGGAUUUAGCUUAUCUGAGGGAUUUGAUAUUUGCAGACUCCUGUAUGAAAUGACCUGAUCUGCACUUCAACAACUUUUGCAUUGCUCUGGAUGCUGUGAUGCAAUUCUUGGCAGUUUAAAGGCACCAAGGUAUCAAGAUAAAUUAUUUUGAGAGAAAAUAGACAUUUAAAUUAGUAUCUUUAAGAAAAGAAAAGAAAAAAAUGAAUACAUGCUAAAAUGUAUUAAGACGAGGAUUUUAAAAUAUGUACUUUUAAACUUAGCAGGUUCAUUUAGAAAUGGAACAGAAUGGAAUAGGGUAUAAGAAGGCAACAUAAGAGACAGAUUUGCCCACCCUGCUGCAGAUGAGCAGAGUGACAUCACAUCAGAUUCCAUCAGUCUCCAAGGGUGGAACAUCUUAAUAGUUCCUCCCACUACCUACUGACAAACUGAACUUCACCAGAAUGUGGUGUGACCAUGACCACGGUUUGCUCAGCUCCCUGCUCUCAACUCUCACCAGUGGAUGCAGAUUAAAUAAUGUCCAUAUUUCAGAUUUCAAGUAAAGUGGUACUUCGGGUUAAGAACUUAAUUCGUUCCAGAGGUCUGUUCUUAACCUGAAACUAUUCUUAACCUGAAGCACCACUUUAGCUAAUGGGACCUCCUGCUGCUGCCGCGCCUCCGGAGCACGAUUUGUGUUCUCAUCCUGAAGCAAAGUUCUUAACCUGAGCUACUAUUUCUGGGUUAGCAGAGGCUGUAACCUGAAGCGUCUGUAACAUAAAAUGUCUGUAACCUGAGGUACCACUGUAUGGAGUCCCUGUGUGUGAUCCUGUUUAUGCAUCUCUUAUGUCUGUCUCCUGGCAGAGGAGCAAGAUGCAGUCAGUGGGGCUGAAUGUUUUAAAUCUUGUCAUGGGAGAAGAAUGCAGAGCAAAACCUCCUCCUUUCUCAUAUUGUACAGUUUCAAGGCUCAACGUAUAAAGGAACUCUCCCUUUCCUUGCUUCCAUUCAUUUUCUUCUGUGCCACCCCUGGGAUUGCAGUAAAAUUAACCUCAUUCAUGGCAUGUUUGCUCAUAAUUAGAACUCUUGUUCAGCCUUAUUAGCCGCUAAAAUGAAUCAUAAGCCCGAUUUUCAGCUCUGUUGCAAAGUGCACCAGAGAGGAAAACAGAUUUGCAGUUGUGUCAAGUGCUGCUCAGAGUAGCAGAAAAAGCAAAAAAUGGCUUGUGUUCAACCUCUAUUUUGCUUCCUGGUUGCUGUAGCAGCUGCAGCAUUGACCUCUGAAUAGCUGCAGCUAAAUCUAAUCAGUGACGAGACAAUUCAGGAGAGGUUAAGCAAGAAUCUGCUGCAGUUUCUGUGGCCUGCCUGGAGCAUAAUAUGGGGACAAAGGGCAACUGCCUCAGGGAGACAUUAAUUUAUAGGGGUAAGAUGUUGAGGAAAGCACAAUGUUUGCACAAACCCUGAGUGGAAAGUAUUGUAAUGCUUCCAAAUGAGAGUUUAAAGGAAUAAUAAUCUAAGGUGCAUCAACGUUUGGAAGCUCUCAGAGCUUGUGAUAAACAUGUAGGGUUGCGUUAAGAGGAAUUAGCAUGAGGCUGUACAGGAUUUGCACACUCAAAUGCAGUACUCCUUCCAGUGUAACAUGAUGCCAUGCACUGUCCCUGACUUCUGUGAAUAGUGAGAGGUUCUAGAAACAGUGCUGUUGGUGUUAGUUUCCACUGAGGGCCACCUCAGUAGACCUGCAUCUUGAGGAGGCCUCAAUCCCAGGCAGGUGUGCUGGGUUCUGCCCAACAUUGUGGGGGACCAGUGCAUGCAUGUGAUAUCACACGCGCUGACUGUGAACAGAGGCCUGACAUGCCCUGUUGUGCCCCCCCCAAGGCCCAACGGGGCCUGCCGCAGCUGCAACAGGCCCUAUUGGGCCAUGUCUCACAGUGUGGGCUAUGGAAUAUUAAGGGGGCAUGGCUCCCUCAUUUAAAAUUUGGGGAGACCUCAGCCCCCACAACUCAGCAUGGAUGGCGCCCCUGGUCCCAGGCACAACCCUACUUAAGUUUCAGCCCUCCAUCUGGAGGCCUAAAUACAUCUGUAAUCAAUAAAGGUUGUGGCCCAUUUUAAUUCCCAUAAUGUUGUCUUGUCCAGUUUGUGUACGCCUAUUGUUGCCUGUGCCCACUAGGUUGAGGGGUGACAAUGCCUUUUUCCCUGGGGGUAUUCAAGGGAACGCGGUACCGACACCUUUCUUCCUAGAAGAAAAGCACCGAGGGGUGCUCUGAGUGGUCUGCAACAAUCUGCUCCAAAGACUACUGAGCCGUCCUGGGAAACACUGGAGUGUUUCUUCCUGUUUCCAGGGCACUGCAACCUGCCAUCAAUGGUGAUAUGUAUAAAAAAAGAAGAAGCACCUUCACACAGCGGUGUAGCAACCUGCAGGGGCGCCUGGGGAAAGCCACCCAUGGAAGCGGGGUGAGGUGGGGCAGGGCAAGCUGCUGGAACCUUGUCCCUCUCAGCGCCCUCCACUUGGACGGCGACUGAGUGGGAUGUGGGGGGUGUGCGGCAGCCCAGCACUGCCUGCAAAAGAAGCACAGGGCUGGGGUGCAAGUUGUUGUGUUCCUGUGGGGCACGCUCCAACUGGAGCGCGGCUGAGGGGGAGGCGGCGGCUGGAUGCUGCUUUUUCAGACAGCGCAGGACAGUCGCCGUGGACCGGGCACGCUGCAGGGCCCAUGGGGAUCGCAGGGCCUGUGCGUGCCGGUUUCACCCUCCUUGGUCGCCCUCUAGUGGCCGGGGGUGACAUAACAGCUCAGUGCGCGGCAAAGCCAGCCCCAGACUACACUGCUUUGGGAAGUGGCGUACUGGGCUCUGGGGCGCCUGCACUUACGCGUCAGCUUGGGCUCCGGCAUGGCACCUCCAAGUUAAGUGCAGCCCUUGGUUCAACAGCACUUUUGAACUACCUACGGUAUCAUAAAAGGCACACUAACCAAAGCAAGGAGAGAAGGAAGGCAAGUACCUCUGUGGGUUGUCUCCUAUCCUAAGAACUUUUUUAAAAGUGGUAUUUCCAGGUAGGGAACUGACCUCAGUAACCAUCCAGAGUUUCAAACAUUAAUAUCACAGUGUAGCUGUUGCUCCUUAAAUGAAACACUUUUACCUAAUAUGUGAUCAUACAAACAUUGCACAAAAAUUUGCCAUUUUUUUACUGAAAGUUGGGAUACCACAGAAACAACUUAGAAUGGCAUGCAACUGACAAUUUACCGGUAACUAGCAUGCCUUCCCCAGUGAACUAAAUUGCAGUUCUGUGAAUAUCCUGGGAUAUUUUUAUUUUAUAUUUCUAGACCUUCAUAAACUGGCAGUUCUCUGAGAUUCUUAGUCAGGAGUCCUGACAGUUAAACUUAUUUCAUCAUGGUUUGCGUUUUGUAAUGUAGACUUCCUCUUAUUCUACCUGCACCUGUACAGACUUUCUUAUCAGUUAGCAGUUUACUGCUAAAUUUGCAGAUGGAGGCAUGGCUUAGUGGCACAGCACACGUUAUUUAUGCCAGGGCCUCUGGGUUCCAUCGUUGGUAUGGCCAGUCAGGUUAAAAGCAAGGUACUUUAGCCUGCAGUCCUGGAGAGCCACUACCAACAAAAGCAGACAGCACUGAGCUACGUGUAGAGAUAUUGCCAGAAUUUAUAUUUCCUGACUCAGAAACGGGAAUCUCAGGAACCUGUUACACUCAUCUCAAAUACAAAGCUUGCAUUAUGACCCUGAAUGCUUUUUCAGCUCAGAAACUCAGAGUGUGGCCUAGAAUGUGGUGCAGAAUCCUUUGCAACAUAGAUGGAUCAAUGUAGAAAUACUUCCCUAUGUAGAGAAUGCUUGAACUCCACUAGCCUAGAAUAUUUCCAUGUGUAUCAGCCAUGAUGAAGAUAUUGAACAAUGGAAUUGGCACUGAAGUCUGUGGAACCGUGUGGGAUCCUGGCAACAUACACAGCCACUGAGCUUUAGAAAUAGAUAUUGCUCCACUGGUGAAAUUCUUUCAUGUUACAUCUUUGGUUACAGGAGCUAAUUUUAGGUUUUGAUUUCCAUUAACUGGCAGUCUUAUACUUGCUACCAGAAAAUUAGUGUUUAUUUGCCAAAAAAAGAAGAGAACAACAUUUUCAGUAGCCCUGAACCCAUAAUUAUUGUCAAGAUGGCACAACGCUGCUUGCAAAUUGUGUUCCUACACUCUUUUUAAAAUGAUAUAUUCAAAGUUCUUUUUUAAAAAUGCUGCUUUGGAAAAAAUGGUUGGACAGAACUCUAAAUUCAACAUAUAAGAGCAAAAGAAUUCCAUGCACAGCUUCUCCUCCCUUUUCCUUCUGGUGCUCUUUAUGCUUCACCCUCCAAUGUCCCCUCAUCCUUCUGCUAGAGCUGCCCAAUAUUCUCCAUUCCCUCUGCAUGUGGCAGUUCUUAAUUUCGUGCAUAGCCCAGUUGCCUCAGUUACAAGAAGAUAACUUCGACUAUGUUACUUAGAUUUUACCACUGGGCUUUGUUGAUUGUGUCUGGUCAAUUCAGGGGCUCCUUGGUUGUGACUCUCCAUUCUUCCAUGUGCAAGGGUAUAACUAGGGGCAAAAGGGUGGACAGAUUCACCAAGAAGCAGGUGUCACUGGCAGCCAGGGGACUUGCUUUGUCUCCUCCCCCAGACUCAGAAUCCCCAUGGCUUGCCCCACGUUGGGUAAAAGAUUCCUGCAGUGCAGGGCGUUGGACUAGAUCAGUGCUAUUUUUCUAGAAAAAUAGGUGCUGGAACCCACCAUGAACUCCCUUGUUCUCCUAUAAUGGCAAUGGUGCCCACCUGAGAGGUGCUGGAACUGAGUUAUGGCUUUAAAAGAAGCCCUGGACUAGAUGAUCCUCAGGGUCCCUUCCAACUUUACAGUUCUAUGAUUCUAUAAUUCUAAGACCCGGAUAAAAGGCAGGAGAUUUCAGGAGAUGUGGGGCCAUGGGUAGAAUGCAGACUGACACAUCUACGUGCCAGCUGAAUGAACUCACAGGGAGGUCUUGGGCAAAUACUUCUCUCUCUGUCUCCUUUCCCCAUAUGUCAAAAGGCAAUGAUAGUAACCCAUCUCUAGGAGAUGACAUAGUUAGCAUAAUGCCUGAAAAUAACUGGUUGUAUUUUUGCUUCAGCCCUGACUCAUCAAGUGGCUUGGGGCAAUUCCACUGCUAGAGCAAUGCUAACCCCCUUGUGAUAUUGGGCUGCCUGUAAUGGUCACGGAGGUCUGAUUUACACAUGCAGCAUUAAAAACCCUUCCAGCUGCAGAUGAAGAAACACUUAACAAUCCCUUGCAUCAUUUCUCAAUUUCUUGUGUGCUAGCUUUCCCCAUGCUCCCUCCACGCCCUGUGGGAGCAUUUAAAAAACUUGAUUCCCCCACUUGGUCGACCAUCUUAGAACUCAGAGCACUACGUUCUGUUUCAUGUGUAGACCAUAUAUGAGAGACAAUGCAUGCAAAGUGGUUUGAGUGCUCUACAGAGCUGUAUAAAGGCCAAGAGGCAUUAUUGUUAUUUUGUGUGGCUGAGUGCUCGUGAAUCGCAGUAUGGGAUACAUAAAUUUCCUUCCAAAUGGAAUUGCCUCCAUUUCUUUAGUCCUGCCUGUUUGUUUUCCUGUUGGUAUAAUAUCAGUGAAAUGGAGGCAAACAGUGCUUUUUGCAGAACCUUAAAGAAGGUUAAUAUUUCCAUCUACAAAUUUCCCCAAGAUGUUGCUAAUAUAUUUAUGUUCUAUUUUCUUAUUUAUUUAAUUUAUCAUUUGCCCUCUUUAAAAUUAGAAGGUACAGAACACUCAAUAUGUUCUCCAGGGUUUGUGGAAAUGAUGGCAAGUAAUUUGCAUCUGGCUCUUGGAGGCUGACGUUUCUGCAAGUGAGUAAUAUUGUGACCCGACCCCCCCCCAACUAUUCCAGUCCCCCCCUUUUGAAGCUAAAAAUAUAUCUGGACAGCCAUUAAUUGUGAAACACACUGAAGAAAGCUGAGCUAAUGGAGACAAUUUGUUUUAGAAACAGUUCAGAGAUUGCUAAUUUCCAAGUAAUAAGGAAUGGCUUGCCCGACAGGUUUUUGCUUUGGAGUAUUUCUGCUGCAUACCAAGUAGAAAUGCACAAUGAAUGGAUCGGAAAAACAAAGCACAGUAAAAAGUUCAGAGAUCUUUAAAAGCGACAGCAUCCCCUGCUGUACGACGGCAGAAACAGGCUCCAUUGACUUGCGAGCAAAAUGCCCAGAAUGACCGGGGGAGCUGGCUGUGGCAGAGAGGCGGCUUGCAGGGAGUCCUGUGGUUCUGACCUGCAUUGAGAGACAAAAGGUUCCUCGAUGCUUUCAGUGCAGCAGUAUCCCAAAUGCAAUGUUUGCACUUCCUCCUGGAUGUCAAGGCACUCGUUCAUAUAUAGGGUGAAAGUCGUGAGACAAAGUCCCAUCCAACUGGCUGUCCCCCUUCUGCAGUCUGAAGUGGUAUAGUCCAAAACCAGUUUUUCUUACUUCGUGAACUUCCACCUGGCUAGGCCUUAGAACAGGUCUUAAGCAUUUCUCCUUUGCAGCAGCUGCUUAAACCUCAAGGCAAAUAAGUGCAGAGUUUCUGGGAAAGGGAGUGAUGGAUUAUUGGGGGAGGAUGUUCAGCUGCUUUGUGAUGACUUCGGCAAGCACAUGAUGGCAUCAGCUUGAGCAAUGGUUGCUCAAGGCAAACAGAAUGUUACAAAAGCUACUAGUGCUACUAAUACCCCUUUGAAGUAAUUUUAAGCCUCUUUCCCCCACUUCUAUUAAAUUCUGCAGCAUCUUCCCAAGGGAUGAAGGGGAAAAUGGAAAAAGAAGACAGGCAGACAACACAGGCAAUGCACUUAGAUGGCAGCACAGAUAAAAAGGAAGAACCCUUCUUCAGCAGAGAGAGAUAGAAUGUGUUCAAUUGACCCCAGGCUAAACUGCUAUAAGAAUUGUAGAUUGUGAUCAUUUCUCUUUUAUUGAAGGGGAACUGCAGGCAUCUUUCAAUGGCACAUGAAGUGCUCACAAGAGGAUGGGUGAGUGCCUGGGCAGCUUCUGCUAUAUGGAAAUCCAUUGUGAUACCAGGAGAGGAACGGGUGCAAAGCAGGCUGGAAAACGCAUGUGCCCACCCUUUGAAAUGGCACUGGGGCAAGUGGGAAUGCCUAUGGAUAUUUAAGGAUAUUGUUGCUGGAAUUCAACAAUGGCAUUUCUCAGGUAGCCUGGCUCUACUCCAAAAUUCUGCAAAAAUGUGCCCAUUGUUUCUGUCACAUCUCUUCAUUUGUCUCCUUUCUUACCAUGAAUCCAGCAGCUGAAUGUGUUUUUGUGUGUUAGGCUAUAGUAAGAAUGACUCAGAAGGUAUAAUGCUGUCACUGCCUGGCCAGCUGCCCUCACUAAGACCCUGAGCAAGCUGGUAUCUGGUGCUUAACUAUCAUAUUAAAAACAGGCACUACAAUGACUACAUGAUUUAACAGUAUAUUGUUAAGUGUCAAUAUGUUCCACUUGGUGCUUCUUAUAUUGUCCAGGCCACAUUGAAAAAGAAGAAGAGAGAAGAGAGAAAGUACUUCAAGAUAGGGAAGGCCUGUAAGCACAGCAGUAUUUUAUUUUAGUAGAAGGGAUGUGAGGGCUAUCACUGAGGUAAGUAGAGCUGUAUAAGCAGUGCUAUUUUCCCAGAAAAAGAGGUGCCGGAACUGUCCAUGAACACCUCCCUUGUUCUCUUAUAAUGGUAUUGGCGACCAUCUGAAAGGUGCAGGAACUAAGUUCCAGACAGGGCUUUUUUCAGCUGGAACUCAGUUCUGGUACCUCUCAGGUGGACACCAUUAGCAUUAUAAGAGAACAAGGGAGGUGUUUGUGGACAGUUCCAGCACCUCUUUUUCGGGGGGGGGGCAGAGAAAGACACCAUGUAUGCAUCUCAAGCAUAAUCUCCACAUUUUGGCACCAAUGAAUUGCUACAACACUGGAAAUACAACUGUCUCAAUAGUGGCAAACUAGGUUGCUAUUCCUGAUACAUUUCCCUCUUUUAAAAGCAAAUGCAUAUCCUCCCCAUAUAACAAAAUUACCUCUGUGUGACAGAGCAGAUUCAGCAUUUGGAUUAGUUGAGGAACAUAUCCCUCUCUUUCUUGGGCAGAUAAAACAAUGUGAUGACGACUGCACCAGCCAGGCCUUCGCAAAUCGCCGUUUUCCUUCAGCUUCCUGAAUCAUAUGCAAAUAUGCCCAACCUGAUUGGGUGACUUUACUUUCAGGUCUGCAUAUGUUGUUCACUAGAUGACAACAUUCAAAAUUGCCCAGUAUUACCUCAAGACUUGAAAAGAUGUGUUUCCUUGUAAUUAACAGAAAUGUCUAUAACCUGCUUGCCCAGCUUGUGUGCCUGAGUGCUCUUCUUGCAAUUUAGGGUAUGAUGCAGCCAAAUGUAAGGAAUUUUAAUUUUAUUUAUUUUAAUGACACGGAAUAAAGGAUGUGCUUAUUAUCCAUUAGAAGAAAGGGUGCUUAAAAGGUGCUUAAUUUGGGCUGGAUCAAGCCUUUAAUUGAGUUAGCUCAAAUGAUUAAGUCUUUUCUUAUUGGAAGUAGUAGUAGUAGUAGUAGUAGUAAUUUAUUGAUUAUUUAUACCCCACCCAUCUGACUGGGUUUCCUCAGCCACUCUUGCAACUUGCAGGUCAAGUUACAUAUUGAAGUAUGCAAGGGCAAUUUGAAUUCAGAAUAUAAAGACCUCUUUCUUUUCAAGCUUCUUGCUCACCAGCAAAAUCACACGUUAUUGUCAUGAAUUUUAAUUUUGUUUUCAAAUUGAUGAAAAGGAAAGAAUAUAAUAAUAAUAAUUUAUUAUUUAUACCCCGCCCAUCUGGCUGGGCUUCCCCAGAAGAAGAAGUAGAGAUGAAUAUAAAACAAUGAUUUGAAACAGCCACUGUCUCUAAUCUAUAAAUAUGGAAACAUUAAGGAUUAGAUUUCUCUCUGAAGUUAGAUGACAGGCGAAACAAUAUGGAAUUAAUGGCAUAAUACAGCUGUGCUUUUCUAUCACUGUUUCAUUUGUUGACAUGAGAAUGAGAAUGUAAACUGGUAAAAAAAUGGUUCCAAGCUUGCAAAACUGGAUGUAUUUGGGGUUGGGAUGGACAGGAGGAUCUGAUUAACUCAUGCGAAGGGGUAGAUAAUCAAAUAACUUAAUUUCGGCUGGUAUUGCAGCCCAAAUUAGGUAUUGCAUUUAGUGCUUUUCUUUGACUUUAACUUAGGUAUUGCAAUUAGUGCUUUUCUUUGACUUUAAAAGCCACUUAGGCCACCCCCUUUACCCACAUAAAACUUUCGGCAUGUGUACCAAAACAAUCACUUGUUGGUUUCAGCAUGUUUUGAAUUCUGCCCAAAUUAACUGCAACUACACUCACAACAGCAUAUGCCAACUUCACCAUGUGAACUCACUGCUUGACAUGCCUUGCUACUACACUUUAUGGCCUGGAUACUUUUAAGGCUGUGCACAUCCUAUAAGAUCAGUGGAGAAAGACCUUGUGUCUAUCCCACCAAUAUCAGAGGACCUUAUGGCAGGAACAUGAGAGAGCCUUCUCGGUGGUGGCAGUUAUAUUGAAUGUAUUUUUAAUCUUUGUUGGAAGCCACCCAGCGUGGCUGGGGAAACCCAGCCAGAUGGGUGGGGUACAAAUAAUAAAUUACUAUUACUAUUACUAAUUAUAUGGAAUGCCAUUCCUUGGGUAUAUCUGUUUGACACUCUCUCUAAUUACUUUUAUUUGGGUUUUUAAAGACACAUCUAUUUUCCAGAAGGCAUUGGUAUUUUUAUUGGGCUGAUUUAUUGGGGUUGUUCUGGAAUUCUGUGUUAUUUUAAAGGACUUCUAAAGUGUGUGUGUGUGUGUGUACAUAGAUGAUUAGAUAGAUGAUAGAUAGGUAGAUGAUGAUGAUGAUGAUGAUAGAUAGAUAGAUAGAUAGAUAGAUAGAUAUAGAUAGAUAGAUCAUAGAUGAUGAUAGAUAGAUGAUGAUGAUAGAUAGAUAGAUAUAGAUAGAUGAUGAUAGAUGAUAGAUAUAGAUAGAUAGAUAUUGUUGUUUAUUAUUUAUUGUUAGGAAUUUGUUAUCUCUGACACUUUUGCAUAGAAAGGUGGGUAUAAAUCUGCUAAAAUAAGAAAAUAAUGUAUGAAAGCAUUCCAUAUGUUCAAUUGACUUACUGAUUGAAAAGAAACCAAGCUUUAUUCAAUUUCCUAUGAACAGUUAAUUAUUUUAUUAGAGACUUUGAUCACUCAUUGAAGUCCCAGUAAAACCUAACAUCCGGCGAAAGAAAAUUAUUCUUAUCUGGAGAACUGGGCUGCCAAGUAAAUGCUUUGCUUGAACCCUUUCUUUAAGGAUUGCCCAUGACACUAUCUAGCUUCCCACAUGGCAAGUGUGGGUCAAUAAUAAGUAGCAGCCCGGGGUGGCACAGCGAAGAUUGAGGCCAAGGGGAAUUUUAGCCACUUAAGAACUUUGCACAAAACCAAACCAAACCAAACCAAACCAAACCAAACCAAAACCCUCUUUAUUCUUUCCAUCAGUCAGUUUUUGAAUUAAAAACUGUGUGCAGUUUUUGUCUACUUUCUAAUUGGUGGUGGCAGAGAGAAACAGAGGCUGAGCUUUCUUUCUGGAUGGUAGGACCCCAGCCAUCUCCCCCAAGGGCAGGCCCAUGUAGAACUUGUCUGAGGCCCAGGACAGGAGUCUUGUUAAAAUAAAGUUAUAAACUCAAACACAAAAGCAGCUGGUCCCUGGGUGAGCCCCAUGGCCAGCUUAGUCCUCCAAGGUCUGGGGCAAGUGUACCCAGCUCCCUAUCCUUUGCAUGGACCUGCCCGAGGGUCCUGGGUCCUUGACCAUUGCUUUGGGUUGUUCCCAGGGCCUUGCAGAGCCAGGCAGAGGCCCAGGCCAGGUAGAUAAUGUGCAUUAUUGCUGUCUAGAGAGGCCACAGCACAAUGAAAGUGGGUUAAAAAUAAAUCAGAACAUUUGGGUCCCUCCAAACAUCCUUUUUAUUCAACAUCCACAAUGAUUUGUACUCGUGAUACUGUUGUGGCAGUCCUAUGUGAUUCCACUUUCAAUACUGUUUGCACCUGUAAAGAUUUGGGUUGGUUACAUGGCAUCAUUUCCAGCCAGUGAAUAUUCUGUAACUUCCUGCUGAUCUCCCACCAGAUGUCUUAGUGAAUGGCACCAUAGCACAUAUUUCAAAAUAUGUCAGUUGAUUGCGUACAUACUGAAGUACAAAGGAAGAAAGUAAACAGCCUGUAUAAAGUAAAGAACAAUCAUGCAAGCUAUGUGACAUGUUGGGAAAUAGUAAGUUCUGUAACUGUGGGAACUGUUUGAAUCUCUCUUCUCAGAGAAAUGUACCUGUUGGAGUUUAUGUGUUAUAGUCUGCCUUAAGAUUCACCUUUGCUGAAUACCCUUUUUAUAUUGCUCAUUUAAGGGAAACCAAAUAAAACUCUCAGAAAGAGUGCAGAAAUGGACUUCAGGAUUGUUGUUGUUUAGUCGUUUAGUCGUGUCUGACUCUUCAUGACCCCAUGGACCAGAGCACGCCAGGCACUCCUGUCUUCCACUGCCUCCCGCAGUUUGGUCAAACUCAUGCUGGUAGCUUCGAGAACACUGUCCAACCAUCUCAUCCUCUGUCGUCCCCUUCUCCUUGUGUCCUCCAUCUUUCCCAACAUCAGGGUCUUUUCCAGGGAGUCUUCUCUUCUCAUGAGGUGGCCAAAGUAUUGGAAUCUCAGCUUCACGAUCUGUCCUUCCAGUGAGUACUCAGGGCUGAUUUCCUUAAGAAUGGAGAGGUUUGAUCUUCUUGCAGUCCAUGGGACUCUCAAGAGUCUCCUCCAACACCAUAAUUCAAAAGCAUCAAUUCUUCAGCGAUCAGCCUUCUUUAUGGUCCAGCUCUCACUUCCAUACAUCACUACUGGGAAAACCAUAGCUUUAACUAUACGGACAUUUGUUGGCAAGGUGAUGUCUCUGCUUUUUAAGAUGCUGUCUAGGUUUGUCAUUGCUUUUCUCCCAAGAAGCAGGCGUCUUUUAAUUUCGUGACUGCUGUCACCAUCUGCAGUGAUCAUGGGGCCCAAGAAAGUAAAAUCUCUCACUGCCUCCUUUUCUUCCCCUUCUAUUUGCCAGAAGGUGAUGGGCGCAGUGGCUAUGAUCUUUGUUUUUUUUUGAUGUUGAGCUUCAGACCAUAUUUUGCGCUCUCCUCUUUCACCCUCAUUAAGAGGUUCUUUAACUCCUCCUCACUUUAUGCCAUCAAAGUUGUGUCAUCUGCAUAUCUGAGGUUGUUGGGAUUCAUCCAGUCCAGCCUUUCGCAUGAUGAAUUCUGCAUCUAAGUUAAAUAAGAAGGGAGACAAUAUACAGUCUUGUCAUACAGUGGUGCCCCGCAAGACGAACGCCUCGCAAGACGAAAAACUCGCAAGACGAAAGGUUUUUUCGUUUUCGAGCUGCUUCGCAAGACGAAUUUCCCUAUGGGCUUGCUUCGCAAGACGAAAACGUCUUGCAAGUUUGUUUCCUUUUUCGUAAAACCGUUAGAACCCAGGGUGCAUUGCUGGAAGAGGUGCAGUUGCGACUUGACCUCAAGGAGCAACACAUUGCACGCGGUGCUGUGGCCUUUCUGAGCUUUUUAAAGAGUUUGCUGGAUUUUUGAAGCUUUUCCAAAACUUCUUUUGCAGCUGUUUGGUAAGUUAAACUUUUAAAACUUUUUUUGGGGUUUUUGGAUUUUGGGUUGGGGUGUUUAGAAUUCAAGGACUUGGUGUUGGGGAGGGGUUUGCAAGAAUCUGGGAGCUUGUGUGGUUUUUUUCUGCAUUUUUAUGAUUUUCUGUGACCAUUGGGCCAUGUUUAUUUUUUUAAAAAAAAUCUGGGUUUGAAUUUUUGAAUUUCUGUGUGCUGGGUGGAUGGGGGAACAGCUGGGGAGGGGUUUGCAAGAAUCUGGGAGCUUGUGUGUUUUUUUCUGCAUUUUUAUGAUUUUCUGUGACCAUUGGGCCAUGUUUAUUUUUUUAAAAAAAAAUAUCUGGGUUUUGAAUUUCUGAAUUUCUGUGUGCUGGGUGGAUGGGGGAACAGCUGGGGAGGGGUUUGCAAGAAUCUGGGAGCUUGUGUGUUUUUUUCUGCAUUUUUAUGAUUUUCUGUGACCAUUGGGCCAUGUUUAUUUUUUAAAAAAAAAUAUCUGGGUUUGAAUUUUUGAAUUUCUGUGUGCUGGGUGGAUGGGGGAACAGCUGGGGAGGGGUUUGCAAGAAUCUGGGAGCUUGUGUGGGGUUUUUUUUUUUGAAUUUUUAUGAUUUUCUGUGACCAUUGGGCCAUGUUGUUGUUUUUUGAAAAAAAAUUCUGGGUUUUGAAUUUCUGUGUGCUGGGUGGCUGGGGGAACAGCUGGGGAGGGGUUUGCAGGAAUCUGGGAGCUUGUGUGGUUUUUUCUGCAUUUUUAUGGUUUUCUGUGACCAUUGGGCCAUGUUGUUGUUUUUUUGAAAAAAAUUUCUGGGUUUUGAAUUUCUGUGUGCUGGGUGGCUGGGGGAACAGCUGGGGAGGGGUUUGCAGGAAUCUGGGAGCUUGUGUGGUUUUUUCUGCAUUUUUAUGGUUUUCUGUGACCAUUGGGCCAUGUUGUUUUUUUUGAAAAAAAUUUCUGGGUUUUGAAUUUCUGUGUGCUGGGUGGCUGGGGGAACAGCUGAGGAGGGGUUUGCAGGAAUCUGGGAGCUUGUGUGGUUUGUUUUUUUUUUGAAUUUUUAUGAUUUUCUGUGACCAUUGGGCCAUGUUGUUGUUUUUUGAAAAAAAAUUCUGGGUUUUGAAUUUCUGUGUGCUGGGUGGAUGGGGGAACAGCUGGGGAGGGGUUUGCAGGAAUCUGGGAGCUUGUGUGGUUUUUUUCUGCAUUUUUAUGAUUUUCUGUGACCAUUGGGCCAUGUUGUUUUUUUUUGAAAAAUUUUCUGGGUUUUGAAUUUCUGUGUGCUGGGUGGCUGGGGUUGAGAAGGGGUUUGCAACAGUUGGGGAGGGGUUUGCAACAGUUGGGGAGGGGCUGGGGGAACAGUUGAGGUUUUUGAAGACUUUAGUGAUUUUUAAAGCUUUCCCAAAACUUCUUUUGCAGCCAUUUGAGGAUUUUGAAGACUUUGGUGAUUUGCAGCCAUUUCGUAAGUUAAAUUUUUAAAACUUUUUUGGGGGUUUUUGGAUUUUGGGUUGGGUGUUUGGAAUUCAAGGACUUGGUUCUGGGUUUGAAUUGCUGAUUUUUUUUUUUCUUUUUCUGAGUUUACGAAGGUAAGAGCUGUGCUGCCAUGGGACCCAAGAAGACUGCUGCUGCUGCGGAGGCCGGCGAGAGGAAGAAGGAGAAGGUGACGCUGGAGAUGAAGAAGGAGAUCAUCCGGAAGCACGACGGUGGAAUGCGUGUGACGGACCUCGCCAGGGAGUACGGCAGGAACCCAUCGACCAUCGGGACCAUCCUGAAGAUGAGGGAGAAGAUCCUUGCGACUGAUGCAGCCAAGGGAGUCACCAGGAUCGUGAAGAACCGCCCAGCUGUUCUGGAGGAGGUCGAGAAGUUGCUGCUCAUCUGGUUAGAAGAGAAGCAGCGUGCAGGGGACACAGUGACUGAGGCCGUCAUUUGUGAGAAGGCCAAGGCCUUGCACGCAGACCUCAUCCGGGAACAGCCAGGAACCUCGGCCGAGCCAGAAGUCUUCAAGGCAAGCAGAGGCUGGUUUGACCGGUUCAAGGCAAGAUCUGGAAUCCACAGCGUGGUCAGGCAUGGGGAGGCUGCCAGUUCUGAUGUUCCUGCGGCUGAAGACUUUGCCUUGGAGUUCCUGGAGGUUGUGAAGACGGAGGGCUACGUUCCACAGCAGGUCUUCAACUGCGACGAGACCGGGCUGUUUUGGAAGAGGAUGCCCAAAAGGACUUUCCUCACACAGGAGGAGGCCAAGUUGCCUGGCCACAAGCCCAUGAAGGACCGUCUGACCCUGCUCUUCUGUGCCAACGCAAGCGGCGACCUGAAGAUCAAGCCCCUGCUGGUGUACCACUCGGAGAACCCACGGGCCUUCAAGAAACACAAGGUCGACAAGGGGCAGCUGAGUGUCAUGUGGCGAUCCAACAGCAAGGCUUGGGUCACACGUGUGCUGUUUGUGGACUGGGUCAAUCUUGCUUUUGGCCCUGCUGUCAAACAGUACCUGCUGGACAACGACCUGCCGCUGAAGGCUUUGCUUCUGAUGGACAAUGCUCCUGCUCAUCCUAAAGGCCUUGAGGUGGACUUGUUGGAGGAGUUCAGCUUCAUCAACAUCAUGUUCCUGCCGCCUAACACCACGCCAUUGCUCCAGCCGAUGGAUUAGCAGGUCAUCGCCAAUUUCAAGAAACUCUACACCAAGGAGCUUUUCAGGCGAUGCUUCGAGGUGACUGAUUGCACCACCAUCACCCUGCGGGAAUUCUGGAAGGACCACUUCGACAUCGUCACCUGCUUGAAGAUGAUCACCACGGCCUGGAACGGGAUCAGCCAGAGAAAUUUGAAUUGCGCUUGGCGCAGCCUGUGGCCGGACUGUGUGGCACCAAGUGACUCUGAUGCACCAGAGUCAACAGUGGUGCAGGACAUUGUUGCCUUGGGGAGGACCAUGGGCCUGGAGGUCACAGAGGAGGACGUCUGCGAGCUGGUGGAGGAGCACGACCACGAGCUGACCACCCAGGAGCUGGUUGAACUGCAGUCAGAGGUUGCGCAGGAGCAGGCCUCGCUGGAAGAGGAGGAAGCAACUGAGGAACGGCCGUCCUCCAAAGAACUGAGGGACAUUUGCCAGAAGUGGAAGGAGGUGCAGGCUUUUGCAGAGCGGCACCACCCUAUCAAGCACGUGGCACAUGACCAAGCGAACACUUUUGAUACAACGGUCAUGUUGCCUCUCAGGGAGCUGCUGAAAAGGCGGAUGAAGCAGCAGACCAUGGACAGGUUCCUCAGCAAGAAGCAAAGAGUGGAAGAGGAACCUUCUUCGAGUGGUCCCCCAGAGUCUUAGAAAAUGUAAUGUACCCUUUUUUGAUUUUUAAAUGUUUUUCCUGUCAUGUUUAGAAACUUAAUUUAUUGUUCCUUCAAUUUUGAUAUGCUCUUUAAAGUAUGUGUGACUUUAAAGAGCAGUUAAUAAACUCUUGUUGUACCAAAUUUGGCUUUGUUUGGACUUUUUUUGACCAUAGGAACGCAUUAAUUGAAUUUCAAUGCAUUCCUAUGGGAAACCGUGCUUCGCAAGACGAAAAAUUCGCUAGACGAAAAAACUCGCGGAACGAAUUAAUUUCGUCUUGCGAGGCACCACUGUACUCCUUUCCCAGUUUUGAACCAAUCAGUUGUUCCAUAUCCAGUUCUAACUGUAACUUCUUGACCCACAUAGAGAUUUCUCAGGAGACAGAUGAGGUAAUCAGGCACUCCCAUUUCUUUAAGAACUUGCCAUAGUUUGCUGUGGUCAACACGGUCAAAGGCUUUUGCGUAGUCAAUGAAGCAGAAGUAGAUGUUUUCCUGGAACUCUCUAGCUUUCCCCAUAAUCCGGCGCGUGUUUGCAAUUUGGACUCUGGUUCCUCUGCCCCUUCGAAAUCCAGCUUGCACUUCUGGGAGUUCUCGGUCCACAUGCUGCUUAAGCCUGCCUUGUAGAAUUUUAAGCAUAACCUUGCCAGCAUGUGAAAUGAGUGCAAUUGUGCGGUAGUUGGAGCAUUCUUUGGCACUGCCCUUCUUUGGGAUUGGGAUGUAGACUGAUCUUCUCCAAUCCUCUCGCCACUGCUGAGUUUUCCAAAUUUGCUGGGAUAUUGAAUGUAGCACCUUAACAGCAUAAUCUUUUAAAAUUUUAAAUAGUUCAGCUGGAAUAUCAUCACUUCCACUGGCCUUGUUAUUAGCAGUGCUUUCUAAGCCCUAUUUGACUUCACUCUCCAGGAUGUCUGGCUCAAGGUCAGCAACCACACUACCUGGGGUGUACGAGACAUCCAUAUCUUUCUGGUAUAAUUCCUCUGUGUAUUCUUGCCACCUCUUCUUGAUGUCUUCUGUCCUUUAUUACUUUUGUCCUUUAUUAUGGUAAUCUUUGUAUGAAAUGAAUCAUAGAAUAGAAUCAUAGAAUCAUAGAGUUGGAAGAGACCACAAGGGCCAUCGAGUCCAACCCCCUGCCAAGCAGGAAACACCAUCAGAGCACUCCUGACAUAUGGUUGUCAAGCCUCUGCUUAAAGACCUCCAAAGAAGGAGACUCCACCACACUCCUUGGCAGCAAAUUCCACUGUCGAACAGCUCUUACUGUCAGGAAGUUCUUCCUAAUGUUUAGGUGGAAUCUUCUUUCUUGUAGUUUGGAUCCAUUGCUCCGUGUCCGCUUCUCUGGAGCAGCAGAAAACAACCUUUCUCCCUCCUCCAUGUGACAUCCUUUUAUAUAUUUGAACAUGGCUAUCAUAGCACCCCUUAACCUCCUCUUCUCCAGGCUAAACAUGCCCAGCUCCCUUAGCCAUUCCUCAUAAGGCAUCGUUUCCAGGCCUUUGACCAUUUAGGUUGCCCUCCUCUGGACACGUUCCAGUUUGUCAGUGUCCUUCUUGAACUGUGGUGCCCAGAACUGGACACAGUACUCCAGGUGAGGUCUGACCAGAGCAGAAUACAGUGGCACUAUUACUUCCCUUGAUCUAGAUGCUAUACUCCUAUUGAUGCAGCCCAGAAUUGCAUUGGCUUUUUUUUUUUAAUGAUAUUUAUUAAAGUUUCACAUGAAAAGAAACACAUUAAUAAAAAAAAAAAGAAUUUAAAAAUAAAAAGAAAAAUACACAAUACAGAAUACAAAAAGAAAAAAGAAAAAACAGUUAAAAACAAUUCCAUCUUUUCAUCACUACUUUUACAUUUACUUAUUUCCCGGACCUCCUCAUACCUCCCUCUUUUGUAUUCCAAUUCUGUUUGUUUGUCCAGCAAUUCAUUUCCCUCCUUUUUAAUCCCAAUCCUUAAUCUUAAUAUAAUAUAUCAUUAAAUUUUUACCUAUUAAAAACCAAUUUUCCAUUCUUUUAACCUUUUUAAUCCUAAUCCUUAAUCUUGAUCUAUAUAUAACUUUAAAGCCUGUACAGCUAGAAGCCACUUAAUUUCAAUCCAACAUCACUCUAACAUUCUUUAAUUUUGCAGUAUUUCUGUAAGUAAUCUUUGAAUUUCUUCCAAUCUUCUUCCACCGACUCUUCUCCCUGGUCACGGAUUCUGCCAGUCAUUUCCGCCAAUUCCAUAUAGUCCAUCAAUUUCAUCUGCCAUUCCUCCAGUGUGGGUAGCUCUUGUGUCUUCCAAUACUUUGCGAUGAGUAUUCUUGCUGCUGUUGUGGCAUAUAUAAAGAAAGUUCUAUCCUUUUUUUUAACACCGAUUGGCCGACUAUGCCCAGGAGAAAGGCCUCUGGUUUCUUCAAGAAGGUAUAUUUAAAUACCUUUUUAAUUCAUUAUAUAUCAUCUCCCAGAAAGCCUUAAUCUUUGGGCACGUCCACCAAAGGUGAAAAAAUGUACCUUCAGUUUCUUUACAUUUCCAACAUUUAUUAUCAGGCAAAUGGUAGAUUUUUGCAAGCUUAACUGGGGUUAUGUACCACCUGUAUAUCAUUUUCAUAAUAUUCUCUCUUAGGGCAUUACAUGCCGUAAACUUCAUACCUGUGGUCCAUAACUGUUCCCAGUCAGCGAACAUAAUGUUGUGUCCAACGUCUUGUGCCCAUUUAAUCAUAGCAGAUUUCACCGUUUCAUCCUGAGUGUUCCAUUUCAGCAGCAAGUUAUACAUUCUUGCCAAAUUCUUAGUUUUGGGUUCUAAUAGUUCUGUUUCUAAUUUUGAUUUUUCCACCUGGAAGCCAAUUUUCUUGUCCAAAUUGUAUGCCUCCAUUAUCUGAUAAUAAUGAAGCCAGUCUCGCACUUUGUUUUUUAAUUUUUCAAAACUCUGCAAUUUCAGUCUAUCUCCAUCUUGUUCCAAAAUUUCCCAAUAUUUCGGCCAUUUGACCUCCAUAUUGAGCUUUUUCAAGGCUUUCGCUUCCAUUGGUGACAGCCACCUUGGAGUUUUGUUUUCCAAUAAAUCCUUGUAUCUUAUCCAAACAUUAAACAGUGCUUUCCUGACAAUGUGAUUUUUAAAUGCUUUAUGUGCUUUGACCUUAUCAUACCACAGAUAUGCAUGCCAUCCAAAUACAUUGUUAAAACCUUCUAGAUCCAAAAUGUCAGUGUUUUCAAGAAGCAGCCAUUCUUUCAACCAGCAAAAGGCUGAUGAUUCAUAAUAAAGUUUAAGGUUUGGCAGGGCAAAUCCACCUCUUUCCUUUGCAUCUGUUAGUAUUUUAAAUUUUAUUCUGGGCUUCUUGCCCUGCCAGACAAAUCUGGAAAUAUCUCUCUGCCACCUCUUGAAACAGUCCAUUUUGUCCACAACUUGCAGUGUUUGAAACAAAAACAACAUUCUAGGCAAUACAUUCAUUUUUACCGCAGCAAUACGGCCCAGCAGUGAAAGCUUCAAAUUUGACCAAAUUUCUAAAUCUCUUUUCACUUCAGCCCAACAUUUUUCAUAGUUAUCUUUAAAUAAAUUCCCAUUUUUGCUGUCAUGUUAAUCCCCAGGUAUUUAACUUUCUUAACCACUGUUAAACCUGUCUCAUUCUGAAACCUCUCUCUCUCCAUUGGUGUUAGAUUUUUCUCUAAAACCUUAGUUUUUAACUUGUUCAAUUUAAAUCCUGCAACCUGACCAAAUUCUUGAAUCAGUUCUAAAACCCUUUUGGUACUAGAUUCUGGCUCCUGUAACGUCAGUACUAAAUCAUCUGCAAAUGCUCUCAAUUUGUACUGUUUAGCUCCGACCUGUAUACCUUUAACCAGCUGGUCCCUUCUAAUCAUGUUCAGCAAAUCCUCCAGGACCGAAAUAAAAAGUAGUGGGGAAAUUGGGCAACCUUGUCGUGUCCCUUUUUCUAUUUUAAGUUCUUCCGUCACCACAUUAUUUACAAUUAAUUUAGCCUUUUGUUCUGAGUAAAUUGCACUUAUACCAUUUUCAAAGCCUUGGCCUACCCCCAUACCCUGUAGGUUCUUCUUCAUAAAGCUCCAAGAAAUGUUGUCAAAGGCUUUCUCCGCGUCCACAAAUAUCAAAACUGCUUUAGUAUUUAUAUUCACUUCUAGUUUUUCCAAAAUAUCAAUUAUAUUCCUCAAAUUGUCAGACAAGUGUCUUCCUGGGAGAAAGCCCGCUUGAUCUUUAUGAAUCUCUUCCAUCAACACUUUUUAAAUCUCUUAGCCAAAAUGUCUGCAAAAAUUUUGUAAUCCACAUUGAGUAAUGAUAUGGGGCGGUAGUUCUUAAGCUGUGUCUUUUCAGUCUCUGUUUUCGGUACAAGUGUAAUAUAAGCUUCUUUCCACGACUCUGGUGCUCUUUCCCCCUCCAUUAUUUCAUUACAGACCUCUUUCAAAGGUUGUAUUAGCCAUUCUUUCAAGGAUCUGUAAUAUCUAGAAGUCAAUCCAUCCGGUCCUGGAGACUUACCCAAUUGCAUGUUUUGAAUGGCACCUUCUAUCUCCUGUUCAGUUAUUUUAUAGUUCAACAUUAAUUUAUUUUCUGGAGAGAUUUUUUGUAAUCCAUUUGUUUUCAAAAAUUGAUCUAGAUCAGUUUCUUUCAGUGGCCCUUGUGUAUAUAGUUGUUUAAAGUACCUCUGGAAACAAUUUCUAAUCUCAGCUGGGUUCUGUAUAUUCCUUCCUUCCACUUCUAAAUUCGUAACUGUAUUUAAUUUUUGUCUUUUUUCAUUUGCCAAGCCAACAGUUUCCCACAUUUGUUAGCCGACUCAAAUGUCUUUUGUCUCAUUUGUUUAAUUUUCCAUUCUAUUUCCUGAUUCAUCAUUUUCAUGUAUUGUACUUGGUGUAGCUUUAAUUCUCUCAGAAUCUCUUGAGAUUUUGGAUUUGUUCUCAAUCUUUUUCACUUUCCUUUAUUUUCUCCAAUAUCUUAUCCUUCUUCUCAUUUUGAAUUCUCUUCUUUACUGCAUUCUGUUGUAUCAGAAACCCUCUCAUAACCGCUUUACUUGCGUCCCAGAUUACUCUUUUUUCCACGUUGUUAUUCAUAUUUAUCUCAAAAUAAUCUCUCAAGGUUUUUUGGGCCUUCUUUAACACUUCUUCAUCUCUAAAUAAGGUGUCAUUCAUCCUCCAUCUGAAGGAGCCAGUUGGUGUUAGUUUCAUUUCCAGCAUUGACAGCAUUAUGAUCGGAGCAAGUUUUCGGGCAGAUUUCCACCUUUCUUGUCUUUGGUGCCAUUCCUCUAGUUACCCAUAUUUGGUCAAUUCUUGUCCAUGUCAUUUUGGCUUCAGAAAAGAAGGUUCCCUCUUUAGCCAUGGGGUUUCUUGUUCUCCAGAUAUCAACUAAGUCCAAGUUGUCUGUCAUCUCAAAAAAGGUUUUCGGUAGUCUACCAUCCUUAGUGACUACCUGUCUUUGUGCCUUGUCCAUAUGUGUAGAUACCACUCCAUUCAUGUCUCCCAUCAAAAUCAUGUUAUAAUCCAAAUAGUCCAUCAAAGUCUCAUGCAACUUCUUAAAAAAAUCAGAUUUCCCUUCAUUUGGUGCGUAAAUUCCUACUAUCAAAAAUUUUUCUCCUUGUGUUUGAAUUUCAAUUGCCACAAAUCUUCCUUGGUCAUCUUUAAAAAAAAAAUUCGGUGAUAAUCUGUCCUUUGCAUAAAUCACAACCCCUCUUUUUUUAACUUUGUCCGAUGAAAUAAACUCCUGACCAAGUCUUUUAUUUAUCAAUAAUUUCCUGUGUAAUCUUGUUAUAUGUGUUUCUUGUAGGCAAAUCAAGUCCAAUUGUUCCUUUUUUAAUAAAUGAAACACAGAUUUCCUUUUCUGAGGGGAAUUGAGACCAUUACAAUUCCAGCUUAAUAGUUGCAGGGCCAUGAUGUAAUUAUUUUGGUUCUCCUCCAACAGCACCCAGUGCCUGUUCCUGUUCCAUCGGUGGUAUCACGUUUUUCAGGCGGUCUUUUAGUUCCAGAGAUAGUCCUGGUAUGUCUAAAGUUUCUCUUACAAUUGCUCUUAACUCUCCUGUAACUUUCUUCUGUAGGUCUUCUCCGUGGUCUCUCCAAAAUUUGUCUUUGUCGUCUUCCGAUCUUAUUUUUAUCUUCUUUCCUUUGUAACUAAAGGAUAGGCCUUGAGGAAAUUCCCACCUAAAGUUAAUUCCGUUACUUCUCAACAGGUCUUUGUAGUUAGACCUGAGAUCCAGAAGGUGUUUCGGAAUAUCCUUGAAUAUCUCCACUUUUGACUGUUGUAUUUCCAGUGUCUUCUGGAAAUGCAAACUCAAAAUCUUGUCUCUCUCUUCUUUUGUUCGGAGAGUGAUCAAACAAUCUCUCACCUUCUUUCCCCCUCCUUUUCCAAGUCUAAAAGCAUUCACUAUUUUAAAACUGUCUUUCCCCAAAUCUGGAUUCCAAAAUCUAGGAAUUCCUGCGUAAGAAAUUCAACUAAGUUGUCUUUCUCCACUUCAGGUACAGCUCUGACCCUUAAGUUCACUUGUUUCUCCUUCAACUCGAUCAUAGACAGGAUUGACUUAUGGUCUUCAAGUUGUUUAUGUAGCGGUGGUAUCUUCUCUUGAACCUCUGCAACAGUAGCUGUAGCAAUUUCUUUAGCCUCUUCGGCAAUCUCACGUGUCGAAGCAGAUUCCUGUAAUAAUUUCGGAAUAGUUUCUGUAUUAGUAUUUACUUUCUGUCCCAAAUUAUUGAUACUUGCCGUAUUUUGGUUAAUACUUGUCGUAUUUUGAUCAAUCUUAUCCGAUGCCUCUGCUACUUGUUUACUUAUUCUAUCCAAAGAUUCAUUAAUUUUAGCCAGUGCCUGAGCCAGGGCAUCGUCACUUGCCAUACCUUUAGUUUUAGGUUGUGCCGAUGAGGUUGCUGUUGGGACUCCAGGGGGGCCAGAUGUCGAAGCUCUCCUUUGCAAUCCACCGUCUGUGCGGUAUACUCUGCCAGACCUUGUUGCUUGUAACAAAUCUAACUUCUCUUUCCCAUCUGCCAUAUCCCUCUAGAUAAAACUCAAGGUCAGUCACACAGUCAGAGUCAAAGUUGUUUUGAAAUGGAAAGUUCCAGGAAAGCAGUGUGAGAAAUUUCCUCAGGCCAGCUGCAGUUGUAGCUAGUUCCAAAUUCCACUAGGGGGACACUGUAACAGUCAUAAAGUUCUUAAAGUAAUUUACUUCUCCCUUAAGUCCCCCAAUUCACCAGAAAGAUAACAAUCUAUCUUAGGCAGUUACUUUAGGACCAGGAGAUACCUAUCAGCAAUAUUGUAUCCAAAUUGUAUUUCAGAUGCAGAGCUAGUUGUCAAAAUACGUUCAAAGACAGUACAUUCUCUCAGGCUUUUUACUGUCACUGGGAACCCGUUCCAGGGGGUUUGAGCAGUGGUUUUUAUCUCCUCUUUCUCACUUCUUCUUGGGGAAAUAACGUUCAAAACUUCCCCCCCUCUUCCCCCAAAUUGAGGGGGGGGAAAUCCCGGUAAGAUGAUCGGAUUGUAAUCCUUUUACGCGUCUUUUAAGGCUUCCGCUUUCAAGUUCAAUGCUUUGUUCUGUCUACAAGAGCGGGAGGCAGACUUCCCUUUUAUACCUCUCCGCUUCGGCCGAUUACUUCCAAUUUUUGUACAGUUCCUUUAAUUACGUCGUAAUCCUACUCACGGAUCGUUAUUUUCGAAGCCAAAUUGUCAAGGAAGAAAGGCAGCGCUCUCCGGCAACAGUUACGCGGCUUCACUCCACAGAAGCAGACGACUCACAGCACAGCGCCACUUCCCCGCUCUGUUCCGGAGCCCGUUGCCGGGUUCCUUUGCAGAUUGGGGGGGCUCAGACAGUGCCCGCCGAGUCCCAGGGUCACAGGCUUCACCCACCUGUGGUUUCAGGGGUCCCCGCUGCGCCGAAGCGGUAUCCGACCCUAUUUCUGUGGAGCGGGUUCCCUCCGAAUCAGAGGGAAUCCGCCAUUACCGUUGAAGAAGAAGAAGAAGAAGAGUUUGGAUUUGAUAUCCCGCCUUUCACUCCCUUUAAGGAGUCUCAAAGCGGCUAACAUUCUCCUUUCCCUUCCUCCCCCACAACAAACACUCUGUGAGGUGAGUGGGGCUGAGAGACUUCAAAGAAGUGUGACUGGCCCAAGGUCACCCAGCAGCUGCAUGUGGAGGAGCGGAGACUCAAACCCGGUUCCCCAGAUUACGAGACUACCGCUCUUAACCACUACACCACACUGGCACUACACCACACUGGCGCCACCUCCGGAAGUCUGCAUUGGCUUUUUUAGCUGCCGCGUCACACUGUUGGCUCAUGUCACGUUUGUGGUCAACCAAGACUCCUAGAUCCUUUUCACAUGUACUGCUCUCAAGCCAGGUGUUCCCCAUCUUGUAUUUGUGCCUCUCAUUUUUUUUGCCCAAGUGCAAUACUAUAUGUUCCUUUCAUAUCUCCAAUUUCCUUGAACAGAUCUCUGGUUUUUACCAUUCUAUUGUUUUCCUCUAUUUCUUUGCAUUGCUCGUUUAAGAAGGCCUUCUUGUCUCUCCUUGCUAUUUUUGGAAAUCUGCAUUCAAUUUCCUGUAUCUUUCACUAUCUCCCUCGCAUUUUGCUUGCCUUCUCUCCCCCGCUAUUUGUAAGGCCUCGUUGGACAGCCACUUUGCUUUCCUGCAUUUCCUUUUCAUUGGGAUGGUUUUCGUUGCUGCCUCCUGUAUAAUGUUGUGAGCCUCCAUCCAUAGUUCUUCAGCACUCUGUCCACCAAACCUAAAUCCUUAAACCUGUUCCUCACUUCCACUGUUUAUUCAUAAGGGAUUUGAUUUAGAUUGUAUCUUACUGUCCCAGUGGUUUUUCCUACUUUCUUCAGUUUAAGGUUGAAUUUUGCUAUAAGAUGAUCUGAGCCACAGUCAGCUCCAGGUCUUGUUUUUGCUGACUGUAUAGAGCUUCUCCAUCUUUGGCUGCAGAGAAUAUAAUCAAUCUGAUUUCGAUGCUGCCCAUCUGGUGACGUCCACGUGUAGAGUCAUCUCUUGUGUUGUUGGAAAAGAGUGUUUGUGAUGACUAGCUUGUUCUCUUGGCAGAACUCUAUUAGCCUUUGCCCUGCUUCAUUUUGAACUCCAAGGCCAAACUUGCCAGUUGUUCCUUUUAUCUCUUUAUUCCCUACUUUAGCAUUCCAAUCCCCUAUAAUGAGAGGAACAUCCUUCUUUGGUGUCAUUUCUAGAAGGUGAUGUAAGUCUUCAUAGAAUUGGUCAAUUUCAGUUUCUUCAGCACCAGUGGUUGGUGCAUAAACUUGGAUUACUGUGAUGUUAAAAGGUGUGCCUUGGAUUCGUAUUGAGAUCAUUCUGUCAUUUUUGAGAUUGUAUCCCAGUACAGCUUUCACCAUUCUUUUGUUGACUAUGAAGGCCACUCCAUUUCUUUUACGGGAUUCUUGCCCACAGUAGUAGAUAUGAUGGUCAUCCGAACUGAAUUCGCCCAUUCCCGUCCAUUUUAGUUCACUGAUGCCCAGGAUGUCAAUAUUUAUUCUUGCCAUCUCAUCUUUGACCACAUCCAACUUACCAAGGUUCAUGGUUCUUACAUUCCAGAUUCCUAUGCAAUAUUUUUCUUUACAGCAUUGGACUUUCCUUUUGCUUCCAGGCAUAUCCGCAACUGAGCAACCUUUCGGCUUUGGCCCAGCCGCUUCAUCAGCUCUGAAUCUACUUGUACUUGUCCUCCGCUCUUCCUCAGUACCAAGUUGGACGCCUUCCAACCUGGGGGGGCUCAUCUUCCACCGUCAUAACUUUUAUAUACCUGUUGUCUUUGUCCAUGGAGUUUUCUCCAUGGCUUGCCGGUUCCUGCUCCAGAUGGAGCUUCAGGAUACUUAUGUUAGAAACAUGAAUGAUUGUGGCAGUCUCUGUAGGUUCGAGUUAGAGCAUGUUUCCAACAAUAAAAUGUUAAUUUUAUACAUUUUUCUGGUGUAGAGAGCAGCAUUUGGCAAGUCAGGUAGGAGGGUUUGAAAUGGAAGGAUCUUGCUGUCUAAGAUAUGAACUCCAAAGCAGUGCUGCUCCCCAAAGAACUCUCUGAAUGUGAGGACAUGACAAAAAUGCUUUUCCAAGGACUCAGGUGGUCAGAGGCAUUAUGGACAGGGCCAACCCCAGGUGGCCAUUGGGCACAGGGCAUCAGGGGACCCUUGUAUUCCCCCUUUCCUCCAAUUACACUCCUUCACCCUCUUUCCCCCACCUCUUUAAAGUGAGACGAAUCUUGACCAAUAUGGCAAACCUGCAUUGUCAAAGAAAAAAAUAUUUUUUGAAUGUCCCAGGAAAAGAUUUGCCUACUUUGUAUCUCUCAACUCCAAAGGAUUUAUUAGCCAUGCUAAUGAUGAAUAGGGACGCGGGUGGCACUGUCGUCUGAACCACUGAACCUUGGGCUUGCUGAUCGGAAAGUCGGUGUUUCGAAUCCCCAUGACGGAGCAAGCUCCCAUUGUUCGGUCCCAGCUGCUGCCAACCUAGCAGUUCAAAAGCACAUCAGAGUGCAAGUAGAUAAAUAGGUACCGCUCUGGCGGGAAGGUAAAUGGCGUUUCCGUGCACUGCUCUGGUUUCGCAAGAUGCAGCUUAGUCAUGCUGGCCACAUGACCCGGAAAAACUGUUUGCGGACAAACACCUGCUCCCUUGGCCUGUAAAGUGAGAUGAGCGCCGCGACUGGACUUAACUGUAAGGGGUCCUUUACCUUUACCUUUACCUUUAAUGAUGAAUAAACUAAGAUCCCUCAUCUUCCACACAGUAUAAAGGUAAAGGGACCCCUGACCAUUAAGUCCAGUCGUGGGCAACUCUGGGGUUGCAGCGCUCAUCUCACUUUACUGGCCAAGGGAGCCAGCAUUUGUCUGCAGACAGCUUCUGGGUCAUGUGGCCUGCAUGACUAAGCUGCUUCUGGCGAACCAGAGCAGCACACGGAAACACUGUUUACCUUUUUGCUGGACUGGUAACUACUUAUCUACUUGCACUUUUGGCGUGCUUUCAAACUGUUAGGUUGGCAGGAGCUGGGACCAAGCAAUAGGAGCCCACCCCGUUGCGGGGAUUUGAACCGCCAACCUACCUUCUGAUCAGCAAGCCCUAGGCUCUGUGGUUUAGACCACAGCGCGAUAAUUCUCAAUCUAGGCUGUUUUGUUCACUUCUCCUCUUUAAUGUUUCACACAAAAAAAACUGUGUGUAGGAUGUAUAAUUCAUUUGCAAAGAUCGGGGGGGGGGGAAGUACUUCAAAUAAAUUUAACGGAUUAUGGUUCUCCACCAAGAUUUUCUACUACCCAACUGUGCUGAGAUAUUGCAAGGCACACUAUGUAUGAUCUUACAAUAGCAUAAUACCAUGUAGCAGUGUGAUAUCAAAGCACCAGAGUAAGCCAAGAACAGAACAGUAGAUUAAGCAGUAUUUUUUAAAAGUGUGAAAUUCAAUUCUUAAAAAAGAAAAAAAUCACAAUAAUUCAGCUGCAACUCACCUAGAUGUUAAACAGCGGUUGUCAGGGAAUUGGAAACGGCCAAAGAGCCGGGGGGGGGGGGGAGAGGCAAUUACAGAGAGCCUAAAUCGCUCAUCAGCAGUUUCUCAUCAAACUCAGAGGAGGAAAUAGGGAGGGGGGAACCAGUGCCAGGAACUAGCCACUCACAGAACAGAGGAAGUAGGAGGCGUGCACUGAGGAAAUGGUCCUGCUGGGGGAGGAGUAAAAAAAGAUCGCCAGUCGAUUCAUCUGACUGAGCAAGAGAUGGAUGUGCUUUUUGAACUCUUGUAACUGCUUUGAACUUUUGGCAAUUAAUCUUCAGUACAGAAAUGGCUGUGUGCCUAGAGCGUUAUCUCAGCUAGCUUUGGCAGCACAAAAUCCUCACAGCAUGAAUCGACUCCACUGCUGAAAGCUAGUGAAAAGAGGAAAUAGCCAAAAAAUGGAGAAGGAGAUUUCCGAACUGCGUAAGCGAAAUGCCGGACUGGAAGCCCGCGCUUUGGACCUGCAGUAGCAUCUGGAGGAAGCCAGAGCUGCUCAGAGUGGAGCCACAGGUGGGCUACAGGCGAGGGGCAAAGCUGCGUGGGUGGAAAAGUUUAACGGCGAUCCUGAGGGCUAUUUGGAUUUUAAGACUGAGAUGAGAUAUUUUUUGGAGCUUGAAGCAUCUCAGUUUGCCAACGAUGCUCAGAAGGUUGCUCACAUAAUUGGUCACCUGUCGGGGGAGGCUAAGAGCUGGGUGAGACCGUUAAUUGCCUCUAAUAAUGAAGCGCUUCGAAGUCUGCCCAAGUUUUGGCAAGCUAUGGACUUUAUAUACGCAGAUCAAAGUUAUAUUGACAAGACGCAGGAGGAGCGUUUGGCUUUGAAGCAAGGCAAAUCUACGGUGCUUAGUUACUGGUCAGAAUUCGCAAUGCUUGUUCACAAACUGGGAUGGGAUUUGGAAUCAGAGCCUCUGCAAGCUUGGUUUAAGGCUGGACUGAACGCUGAAGUUAAGGAUGAGCUUGCUAGGGCCCCCCGUCCCAAGGAUAUGUAUGAGCUAAUGAAAGCUGCUCUUGUGGUGGGGCUGAGGCAGGAAGCCAGACUGCGGGAAAGGAAGCAGGGCAAGGGCCGGAGUUUCCAUGGUAACCACAUUCCUGAAAUGCCGGCAGCUGCCUCAGAAGGUCAACAACAGCCGGAGCCCAUGGAAAUAGACUCAGCCCGCGCGCGGGAAAGUUUGAAGGCUCAACGGCCGGGCGGCAAAGAGAAGUACUGGCAAGCGGCCAAGAAAUGUUUUUUCUGACAGAAAAUGGGACACUUUGCCAGAGUGUGUCUGGAGGGUCAUAACUGGCAGGGAAUGGUUGGGGCCACCCAGCAGGCAGAGGCAGAGGAACCCCAGACUUCGGGAAACGGGGCAGCCUGGCUGGUGGUGAACCGGGGCAACAGCCAGGCGGGAGCAAGAGCGAAAGUCCUCGGCUCGGACACCCCAAAGCAAGCAUAGUGUUGAAGGUGGUCCUAGAACUCCCGAAUGGCCACACGGUGGAGGAGUUGGCCUUGGUUGAUUCCGGAGCUUCGGCGUCAUUUUUUAGCAAGGAGUUUGCAGCGCAGCACCAACUGAACCUGAGGCCUUUGGAUUUUCCGCUGCAAGUCACUACAAUUGAUGGGAGAGAACUGUUGGGAGGUGAAGUGACCCAUCAAACACCUCCCAUGAGGAUGCGGGUGUAUACCCACUCCGAGGUCAUCGCCUUUCACAUGGCCACGUUGGCAGGCCCGCCUAUCAUACUGGGCAUGAGCUGGCUGGCCUUGCACGAUCCAGUGGUUUCCUGGCAUCAACGGUCCCUGACGUUCGGUUUGACCCACUGCAUGGAGAACUGCCUGGGCCUAGAGCAACCUCGACAAACGGAGGCCAGGAUGGCAGCAGCAUGCAAAGCAGGGAUGGCCGAAAUUCCUCCAUAUUAUCGGGACCUACAGGAGGUGUUCAGCAAGAAGGAGGCUGACAUGUUGCCGCCACAUCGACCAUAUGAUUGCCAGAUCAACCUGAUCCCGGGGCCACGCUGCUGGUGGGAAAGAUCUACUCCAUGUCGGAGGGAGAGAUCAAGGACCUGAGGGACUUUAUUGAGAAAAAUAUUAAAAGGGGAUUCAUCAGGGAAUCCAAGGCGGCAGGUGGGAGCCCCGUGUUCUUUGUGGACAAGAAAUCGACUAACGAGCGGAGGUUGGUCAUGGAUUUUCACGUUUUGAACAGCCUGACGGAACCUGUGGCCUUCCCAAUGCUGAGGAUCAACGAUGUUCUGGCCAGGGUGCGGAAGGGGAAAAUUUUCACCAAGCUGGACCUCCAGGGGGCAUACAACCUCAUCAGAGUGCGAGAGGGCGAUGAGUAGAAGACCACCAUGUUCACCCCGCUGGGAGCGUUUGAGUAUCUCGUCAUGCCCUUCGGUUUACAGUGCAGAAGCCCCUGUUUCCAAGCCUUCAUGCAUCACGUGCUAGGGCCUUUGCUGUACCGGAACUGCGUUUGUUUCUUGGACAACAUGCUAAAGUACUCGGACAACGAGAAACAGCACGUAAAGGACGUACGUCAGGUCCUGAGCAAACUUAAGGAGCAUCGGCUGUGGGUGAAGCUGGAGAAGUGUCAGUUCCACGCGAAAGAGGUCGAGUUCCUGGGUUACAGGCUGUCGGACAAGGGUUUGGCCAUGGAUCCGGAGAAGGUGAAGGCGGUGGUGGAAUGGGAGAGCCCUAAGACCAGGAAAGAUGUUCAGCGUUUCCUGGGCUUCAGCAAUUUCUACAGGAGAGUUCAUCAAGGGCUUCGUGAAACUGACGGCGCCCAUAACGGACUGUCUUAGUGCUAAGAAGAAGUUUCAUUGGACGGAGGCGACACAAGAGGGGUUUGAAAAGCUUAAGAGGGUCUUCGCAUCAGAGGAGCAACUGCUCCACGUCAACCCCUAUCAACCACUGCGAGUUGAGACGGAUGCUUCUGAUCGGGCGAUAGGGGCGGUGUUGCUGCAACCAGAUGAAAAGGGGGAGUGGCGGCCAUGUGCCUUUUUUUCACGGAAACUGAAUAAAUCGGAGCAAAACUACACUAUCUACGACAAGGAAUUGCUUGCGAUUGUGGCUGCGUUCAAACAAUGGCGCCAUUUCCCGAUUGGGGCAAGGCACCAAAUUUUGGUGUACUGGCGUACGGCGCGGGUGUUGUGCCUGAGACAGAUACGAUGGGCGGAGUCCUUUGCCAACUUUAACUUUAAGAUCCAAUAUGUGCCAGGAGAGCAGAAUGCGAGGGCGGAUGCGCUGUCACAGAAACCGGAGUAUAUGGUGGAAGAAGGGCCUCCGGUUGCUAGACUGAUGUUCCCUGAGAACCAGUGGAUGUUGGGGGGCCGUUGGUCAAGGACGACGAACUGAUGCAGCUGCUCAGAGACGAUGACUUUGCGAGGCAAAAGAUCGGGAAGUUAAGGGAAAAGGGAAAAGGGGGGUGCCGAGGGUGGUUUCGAAGUGAAAGGGGGGCUCCUGUACUAUCAAGGGGCCUUGUAUGUUCCAGGCGAAAAUCUUAGGGCCAGAGUUCUCAAACAACUCCACGACAGCUGCACGGCAGAGCAUUUUGGGCAAUACAAGACCAUGCUACUGAUCACCCGGGAAUUUUGGUGGCCCAAAGUGAGAGAGGAUGUAAGAGAAUAUGUGCGAGGGUGUGACACAUGCCAGAGGGCCAAAGGGGAGAGGGUGGCACCAGCAGGUUUGCUGGAACCUUUACCCACACCAGGAAAGCCAUGGGAGGUGGUGGCGGUGGAUUUUAUCACUGACCUGCCAAAGUCUAAGGGUAAGACCACUAUCAUGGUGGUGGCGGAUCUCCUAACCAAAAUGUGCCAUUUUGUGGCCUGCUCGCAUGCCGUGACGGCGGAAGAAACCGCCAAGCUGUUUGUAGAGCAUGUGUUUAGGUUCCAUGAGGUACCUGCUCGGGUGGUUUCGGAUAGGGGACUCAAUUCACCUCACGUUUUUGGCGCAAGCUCAUGGGUUUGUUGCAGGUGGAGGUGAGUUUCACGACUGCGAGGCACCCUGAGGCCAAUGGGCAAGUGGAGAGAGCAAAUGCUGUUUUGCAACAGUAUUUGUGGUGUUACAUCAGUCAAAGGCAGAACGAUUGGGUAGACAAACUAGCCCUGGCAGAGUUUGCUUACAAUAACGCGGAGAACGUAUCCACAGGGAUGACUCUGUUCUUUGCCAAUCAUGGGCGUCACCCCCUGGCCAUUCUGGGAAGGGGGGAGGAGUCGUGGAGUGUGCCUGCAGCAGAACAGUUUGUGGAGGAGAUGGCAGCGAUCCACCUGCAGCUUCAGUUGAACUUGUAAAGGGCUAAGGAGGUCUACAAGAGGGAGGCCGACAAGCAUCGGCAGCCGGGGGAGGUCAUCCGGGUUGGGGACAAGGUGUGGUUGUCCACGCAAGGGUUGCCUUGGAAAGGAGGCUGCAAGAAGCUCAAGCCCAGGAGGGUGGGGCCUUUGAGGUAAUCCAGCAAGUCAACCCGGUAGCAUUUAAAUUAAGGUUGCCGGAGAGCAUGAGGAUCCAUCCGGUGUUUCACAGGUCACUGCUGUCCCCCUACAGGGAAGGAGGAAGGAGGCAGCGUAGUGGGGAGGGGGAACUCCCACCACCCGAAAUGGAGGAAAGGGAGCAGUGCAACGAGGUGAUGGAAAUACUGGAUUCUCGCUGGAGUGGGGAACAGUUAGAGUAUCUGGUGGUGUGGGAAGGGGCCCCGAGUUCAGAGAAUACUUGGGUCCCGGAAAGCUGUAUCACUGACGAGGGCCUAGUGGAGGAGUUCCACAAUUUCUUCCCUGACAAACCCAAACCCCGGGGUAGGUUUUUUCAACAGGUGUUCGGGACGAUGGACGAUGAAGAGGAGUUCGAGGGAUUCCUACCAUCUGACGAGGAGGAAGAAGAAGAAGAAAGCGUCUAUUGGGGAACACAAGGAACUGCGGGUUUGAGGGAGGAUUGGAGGGAGGUUUUCGAAGAUACGGAUGAGGAGGAGGGGAGUUUUCCAGGUUUCCCCCCCGCCACCCUGGAGAAGGGAGAAAUGGGGACGAUCGAGUCUCCUGAACGGGAGGGGGCCUUUGAGGAGGGGGUGGAUGUCAGGGAAUUGGAAACGGCCAAAGAGCUGAGGGGGGGGAGAGGCAAUUACAGAGAGCCUAAAUUGCUCAUCAGCAGUUUCUCAUCAAACUCAGAGGAGGAAAUAGGGAGGGGGGAGCCAGUGCCAGGAACUAGCCACUCACAGAACAGAGGAAGUAGGAGGCGUGCACUGAGGAAAUGGUCCUGCUGGGGGAGGAGUAAAAAAGAUCGCCAGUCGAUUCAUCUGACUGAGCAAGAGAUGGAUGUGCUUUUUGAACUCUUGUAACUGGUUUGAACUUUUGGCAAUAAAUCUUCAGUACAGAAAUGGCUGUGUGCCUGGAGCGUUAUCUCAGCUAGCUUUGGCAGCACAAAAUCCUCACAGCGGUGCAUGGGCAUAGUCAGGGGGUCAAGUAAGUAAAACAAAUAAGUAAAUAAAAAUAGCUAACUGAUGAAUUGUGUCACAGAUAACUCGGUUCUGCCCCCCCCCAUAAAGCCAGCCUGCCUAAAAUAAAUCCUGGCUAUGCCCAUGCAAACAUUAUAUAUAAUAUUAGAAAAUAAUAGAGAGGACCCUUCCACAUCAUAGGGCUCAUAUUCAGAUGUAACAUAACUUUGACAUAUUGUUACCACAACCAAGUCCAAAUGCUCCCAGAGCCAAUAAAGAGAUAGUGGACGGAAAAAUAAAAAGAGUUUAUUCAUAGCCGCAGCAAGAAGUCUUGGUAGGAUACAGUAUUUCCCAAAAGACCAAGUGUAAAGCAAAGGAUGCACAGAGCAUCUAUACAAUUGUAGAAAAGACAUGAUUUCCUGCAUCACCAUUGGCAAGGAACACACAUGCACAAAGCCUGCCUAAGUAAGGUAUUCUUCUACUUGGCUGCAGAACAGUUGCUUCCUGUAUCUGGAGCUCAGGCCAGGCCAGGCGUAACUGGUCUUGUAGUUGCAACUGUGGAAAUGUCUUGUGGUUGUGAUUUUGGGAAUGAGUUUAUGCAAACUCAGCACUCAGCAGGCUGAGGUCAGCUGUGUACAUGACGUGCAAACCUCUGAGUUAUGGCACCUCUGAGUUAUGGCUCUGAGGCUGGAUCUAUACAGAUAAAAAUACAGUAAUUGACGAGUGUACCUGAGUCCUGAGUUCUGGCCCCUCGGAGUUAUAGCACUCAGGUAUCAGAAAUAGAUUCUGUGGAAGCAGAAUGUGACAGAGAACGUGAGCAUGGAUGUGCGUGUUGUUUUGACCCUGUGGGAUUUAGGUUUGAUGAAGGCCUAAGCUACUGAAGGUAAUGGGAAUGGGGCCCUUUAUAUGUCCAGCUGUCCUUUGUCAACAACGAAUUGUCGCUGUUUUUUGUGUUGAAUAUACAGUAGAACCUUCCUUUAAUUUUUUUUUAUGGGGGCGGCCCAAGAGAGUGGGGCCCUAAGCUACAGCUUGUUUAGCUUAUACAUAAAUCCGGCCCGGCUCAUGGGUCCUGACAUCUGUCCCUAGGUCAUGGCAUCCAGCUGGGUCCCAAAUCAUGGCAUCUAGCUAUUAGUAUGAUGUGAUUCAUAAAACACAGACAUAGCAUGAUAAUCCAGCCUGCCUUAGUUCAUCAGAAACUCUCAUAAAAGUUAGGAAAAGGAGGAGCUACUUUUGAUGUGUACUGAAAAGGAUUUAAUGUUGUGGUUUCCUCUGUGGUUUGAGGGGUAGACUGGGCAGGGUGGGCCUUCAGCAUCCAAAGAGUGUUCUCGCAGUAAAUGUUAAACUCCACUGGGAUUUUGAGGAAUGAUCAAAGUUUUCAGCCUGAGAGCCAGAAUCCUUCCUGGGCAACUUUCCAGAAUGAGCCCCACAGCUGCUAACAUUGGGCAGUUCAGGACACCUGUCUGCAACUUCCUUCCUUCAACAUUGGCACUCGUUAUUAUACCUGGAUGUCAUCCACAGAGUUGUUUGCCACAUUGCUUUCCAAUUCCAGUAUUUUAUCCCACACAACCAGUGCUAUUUUUCAGGAAAAAGAGGUGCCAGAACUCAACACCUCCCUUGUUCUCUUAUAAUGGCAAUGGUGCAAUUUAAGCAAAAUGAAUUACACAUGGAAAGUAAAUUAGGAGAAAUACAGGAACAGAUAGAUAAGAAAAUAGAAAGUGCGGUAGGAGAACUCUCCAGAAAGGUACAAGAUCUGACAACCAAGUCAAAAAUAAUUGAGGAAAUCAAUAAAAGAACCCAAAAAGAUCUGAGAGACCAAAAGAAAGAAACAGAAAAAUUAAAGGAAGAAGUAAAAGAUUUAAAUAAAAUGCAAGAUCAAUUGUUGGACAAUUUAGCCAUGACAGAACUCCAUCAGAAACAACUUAAUUUAAAAUUCCGAGGAGUGGUGGAAGAGGUAAACGAGGAUAUAAGAGGGAAAAUGGUUAAAGAACUCGCAAAGUGGUUGGAAAUAAAAGAAGAACAAGUUGCGUACACGAUAGAAAGUGCGUUUAGAAUAAGAGGGAAAUCGCAACGAAUUAAAUAAAAAAAAAUCCCUGGUGACUGUCUAGUAAUAUUUAACUCAUUGGAAAUGAGGAACACUAUACUAAGAACAAGCUACAGAAGAAAGUUAAUGAUUGGAGGCUGUCCAAUUAUUGUCUUUAAAGAAAUUCCAAUUAGGAUUCUGCGCAAAAGGGAAGGAUAUAGACAAUUAACAAAUGUCCUAAAGAGAAAUACAAUACAGUAUAAAUGGGAAUUCCCAGAAGGGAUUUCCUUUUUCUACAAGAAUAAAAAGUUCAAACUGAUAGAUACACAAGAAGCGGGAAAGUUUUUGAGAAGAUACGAAAAAGACCUGGGUAAAGAAAACGAAAGAUCUGGAGGAGAGGAAAAAAACGUGGGAGGUGGGAGAGGGAGGGGAGAGAAGGAGGCCGAGGGAGCGGAGGGGGGUGAGGUAGAAGCAGAGGAGGAAGCGGAGGACGCGGGAUCGGGAGAGGAGGAGGAGGAGGAAGAGGUGGAAACUAUUGGAAAUAGAGGCACCAGAAUUUAAAUCGGAAAUUAGGAUAAAGUGCAAUUAGUCGAGAUGACCCUUAAAUUUCUGUCGUGGAAUGUGAAUGGUUUUAAUGAAAAGUCCAAGAGAAAUAAAUUUGAGAAAAUCAUAAGGAAAAAAAAAAUAUUGAUGUGAUUUGUUGCCAGGAAACACAUGUUGCCAAAAAAACACAAACAUAUUUUAAUAAAUAAAAAGUUGGGAAUAGAAUUUAUCAAUUCAGACUCAAAGAAGAAAAGAGGGGUGGUAACUUAUGUGAAAGAGAAAUUGGAACCUAAACUGAUAUGUAAGGAUGAGGAAGGAAGAAUCCUAGGAGUACAAAUCAACUACCAGGGAGAAAAACUUAAUGUGGUAACGGUCUAUGCGCCAAAUACAAACAAAAUGGAGUUUUUCAAAAAAUUGGAACAAGUUUUAUUAGAUCUAGAGAAUCACAAAUUGAUUCUACUUGGAGAUUUAAAUGGAGUGCCAAAACUGGAAUUAGAUAGAAGCUCGAAAAGGAAGAACUUAAAUCAAGGGAAACUUCUGAGAUCGUUUAUUGACCUUGAGGAAAACUUAGAUUUAAUAGAUAUAUGGAGAUUCAAAAACCCCAUGACCAAACAAUUCACACAUUUCUCAGAGCCGCAUCAGAGCUGGAGUAGAUUGGAUCAGAUAUGGAUAUCAAGAGAAUUAACAAUAAGAGUGUCGAAAUGUGAGAUACUACCCAGAACACUAUCUGAUCACAACCCAAUAAUAUUACACUUAAACUGGAAGACCCAGGGUAUCUACAGAUGGAGAAUGAAUGAUUAUUUAUUUGAAAAGAAGAAGUGAUUGAUAAGGCUAAAAUUACUUUAAAAGACUAUUUUGAUUUAAAUAUUAAUAAGGAGACUAACAUGGAUAUAGUUUGGGAUGCCAGCAAGGCAGUGUUAAGAGGUUUUUGAUACAACAAAAUAGUCAAAGAAGAAAGGAGAGAGAACAAAAAAAGGAAGAGCUAAUCACUCAAUUGAGAGAAUGUGAAAAGAAUUUGAUAGAAAAGCCGAGCGAUGAAGGGAACAAGCAACUGUAUAAGAUGAUACAAGCACAAUAUUCAACAUUAAUAAAUCAAGAGGUAGAAUGGGGAAUUAGUUAAUGAAACAAAAAAAUUUUGAAUCCGCAAAUAAAACUGGAAAGUUCCUAGCGUGGCAGUUGAGGAAAAGAAGAAAACAAAAUCUUAUUAAUAAAAUAAAAGUAGAAGACCAAAUCUUGGAAGACCCUAAUGAAAUAAAAAAGAGCUUCCUUAAAUUCUAUGAAAACCUAUAUAAAAGAGAAGAAGAAGAUGAAAUAGAAAUGGGAAAAUAUCUAGAAGAAAACAGAAUCAACAGUAUAUCGGAAGAGGAAAGAAAUUUAUUAAAUAAACCCAUAAAAACAGAGGAAAUUCAAGAGGCGAUAAAGAGGAUGAAACUGGGGAAAGCCCCAGGCCCAGAUGGACUGUCAGCCAAGUAUUAUAAAGUCCUAGAAGAACUUAUUACACCAGUGCUAUGUGAAGUAAUGAACGAAAUUUUAAGAGAAGGAAGAACACCAGCGUCAUGGAAAGAGGCAUACAUUACGCUGAUACCGAAACCUGACUCGGAUAGGCUGAAUAUUAAGAAUUACAGACCGAUUUCACUGUUGAAUAAUGAUUAUAAGAUCUAUGCAGAUAUAAUGGCGACUCGACUUAAAAAUGCCUAGUUAAUCUUAUCCAUACCGACCAGGCUGGUUUUUUACCCAAUAGGCAAAUAAAAGACAACAUAAGACAUACAAUAAAUAUCAUUGAGUACUUAGAAUGCAAAAACGAAAUCCCUGCAGCUUUACUGUUUAUUGAUGCCGAAAAGGCAUUCGAUAACGUAUCCUGGCGUUUUCUUAUAAAAUGUUUGGAAAUGACAGGGAUAGAGGGCACAUUCCUGGAAGGAAUAAAAGCAAUUUACUCACAGCAAAGUGCUAAACUAAUUAUUAAUAAUAACUUAACAGAACCCUUUGAAAUCUCGAAGGGUACUAGGCAGGGGUGCCCUCUGUCACCUCUUCUGUUUAUUAUGAUGUUAGAGAUAAUUAGAAAUACGAUAAGAAAAACUUCAGAGAUACGCGGAAUAAAAAUAGGAGUGAAAGAAUACAAAUUGAAAGCUUAUGCUGAUGACCUUAUGUUGUCUUUGGAGGAUCCAGAAGAGAGUGUCAGUAAGGUGUUAGAUCUGUUAGAAGAAUUCGGAAAACUAUCCGGUUUUAAAUUAAACAGAACAAAAACUAAAAUGUUGAUUAAAAAUGUAGAAGAGAAGGUAAAAAACCACCUUGAAUCUCAGACUGGAAUUAAAGUAACCAAAAAAAGUAAAAUACCUUGGAAUCUGGUUAACGACAAAGAACAUUAAUUUGAUGGAAGAUAAUUAUACAACCGCAUGGAAAGAAAUAAGGAAGGACUUAGAUACCUGGAAUAGAAUAAAGCUAUCCUGGUCGGGGAGAAUGGCGGCAAUAAAAAUGAGUCUAUUACCGAAACUGCUAUUCUUAUUUCAGAAUAUACCAAUAAUCAGGGGAACAUCAAUAUUCAAGGGCUGGCAGAAAAUACUUUCUAAAUUCAUCUGGCAAGGAAAAAGGCCGAGAAUUAGAUUCAAAUUACUCACAGACCAAAGAGAUAGAGGAGGAUUCGCAGUCCCAAAUUUAAAGUUAUAUUAUGAAGCCUCAUGCCUCUGUUGGGUCAAGGAUUGGAUUAUUAUAAAAAUAAAGAUCUGCUAGAUUUAGAAGGAUUUGAUUUAAGAUUCGGUUGGCACGCUUACCUAUGGCGUAAUAAGGGAAAGAUACAUAGAGGAUUUUCUAACCAUAUCUUCAGAGGGCCAUUACUGGAGGUGUGGGAACGAAAUAACAACUUCUUGGAACAGAAUACCCCUUGGUGGCUUUCGCCAAUCGAUAUCCUGACAAUAAAAAAACAAAUAUCGAAGGAGAAAGAUGGACCUACGAAGAUUUAUUAGUAAAAACAGAGACCGGUUGGAGGAUUAGGCCAUAUGAAGAAAUAAAGAACAAAUUGACAGGUUGGAUCCAAUUUCAUCAAAUCAACUCUAUCUGGACCGAGGAUAAAAAAAUGGGAUAAGUGAGAAAAAUCUAGAUUCCAGAUUGAAAUAUUAGAAAGUAAAACAAAACUCCUAUCGAAAAUGUAUAGCCUGUUGCUCGAAUGGGACACCAAAGAUGAAGAAGUAAAGGAGGUAAUGGUGAGAUGGGCAAUGGACUUUGGGUAUAACAUAGAGUUUGAUAAAUGGCAGGCACUAUGGAAUAAAGGUAUGAGAUUCUCGGCAUGCACAACCCUCAGGGAAAAUAUGUAUAAAAUGAUGUACAGGUGGUACGUAACGCCCGUAAAACUGGGAAAAAUAUAUAAAACUGGUGAUAAAUUAUGCUGGAAGUGCAAGAUUUAGGAGGGCGAUUUUUAUCAUAUGUGGUGGUUGUGCGAGCCUAUUAGAAAAUUUUGGGAAUCUAUUUACAAUGAACUAAAAAAAUCUUUAAAUAUACCUUUAUAAAGAGACCUGAAGCCUUUUUGCUGGGGAUAAUUGGAGAGGAAAUCAAAAGUAAGAUCAAACACUCUUUCAGUACGCGACAGUGGCCGCCAGAACUCUAAUAGCGCAGAAUUGGAAGACACCAAGAAUCCCAACCAUAAAUGAAUGGCAAUCGAAACUACUCGACUAUCUAGAAUUGGCAAAAAUGACACAGAAAAUAAGAAAUCAAAAAGACACAAAGUUUAAUAAAGAUUGGAAUAAAUUCAUGGCAUACAUGGAAACAGAGGUAAAAAAAAACUAAAAAAACACAGUAGGUGCGAUAUAACACUUGUGAUGUAAAGAAUUUUUUUUUAGGAAAAGAAACUGCAGAUAGAAAAUUUUAUAACACAUUCCGAAACCGAGAUGAAGGGAAGUCAGUCAGUGUUGUGUGUUAAGUAGUUAAUGUAGUUAAUUUGUUGUUGUCUUAUGUCAGGAGUAUAUAUAUUUUUUUUACAUAUAUAUAUAUUUCUUUAUUUAGUUUUUUUUUGGUGUGAAUGUGUUGUGUUUGUCUUUUUUGUUUGUAUGGUGUUAUAAAAUAAAAUUUAUAUUAAUAAUAAAAAAAAAAAAUUAUAAUGGCAAUGGUGCUCAGCUGAGAGGGGCCAGAACUGAGUUCCAGUGAGUUCUAGCUGGAUAAAAGCCCUGUGCACGACAUGCAUUGAUAGAUAGAUGAUAUAGAUAGAUAGAUAGAUAGAUAGAUAGAUAGAUAGAUAGAAGUAAUUAGAGCCUGCCAUAAGCUUUGCCUAUAUUGGUUGAUAAUUCCUUGUUCUACUGAUCUUAGCAAAAGGGUGAAGCUGAUUUGCUUGAGAAAAGAAACAUUUUGCAACAGAUUGGGCAAGGAGGUACCCUGUCAAAUUCCUCACAUCAUGUUCUUUUGCUUCUAUGAGAGAGAAGUUAAUGUGUCCUCUGUCUUUUGGCCUUAUUUCAAAAUAUUUUAGGGCUGGGUGAGGAGAACUUGCAUAAUUUUCCAGUAAGCAUUUUUCAGUCCUCAGUGUUGAAUAAAAGAGAACAUUGCAAUGAAAUGCAAAUAUUGACUUAAUAUAUUGACUUAUGUUCCUGUUCACCGUGCUAUGCCGGAAAAAAAGAUGUUGCUCACCAUUCCAAUUUCUGAGUGGUGUGAGAAUCCAGGGGUUCCAUGCUCUUACACAGGGUUCAGUGUCCUUGCAGUGAGGGACAGUGGAGACUGUGGUGGGGGCUCACAGCAUUAACUCCCCAAAAGGUCUCGCUUCUGCCACAGUCAGAGACUUGGAUUCCAGCAGAAAUUGAGUGUGGCUCCCCAUCUCUGGCUUCUAUCUUCAGCCUGCUUCCAACUCUCACAUACAACUUAGAUGGCUCACUGGGUGACCUUGAGCCAGUCAUCAUCUCUUAGCCUAAUUUACAGUACAGGGUUCCAGUGAGGAUGAAUUGGGGGGGGGGGAGGAGAACCAUGGACACCAACCUUGAGAUCCUUGGAAGAUAAAGGUGGUAUAUAAAUGUAAUAAAUAAAAUAAAAAUGAAUUAAAGUAAUGACUUGAGGAUGUUCCCCAUGAAUAAAAAUCUUGAAGGAUCUAUUUUGCAAUCAUGGACAAUCAAAGUUUUCUUCCUUGUUAAAAAGCAUUCUUACCGUACUUUUCUGUGUAUAAGACUAGGGUUUUGUUUACUAAAAAAUAAUGUAAAAAGGCGGGUAGUCUUAUACACAGGGGCACACAUGUUUUCUUAUACUCCGGAGGGCAGGACCCAAACCAGUGGAUUCAAAUUACAUGAAAAUAAAUUCUUAUAAGCAUCAGGAAGUAUUUUCUGAUGGUGAGAGCUGUUUGAUGGUGGGACAGACUCCCUUGGGAGGUUGUACAUGACCUUGGAGGUUUUUAAGCAGAGGUUGGAUGGCUGUCUGUCAGGGAUGCUUUAGCUGUGAUUCCUGCACCGCAGGGGGUUGGGCUAGAGGACCCUUGGAAUCAUUUCCAACUCUAGUAGUCUAUGAAUCGUAACAAAUGAAAUAGGCUGAUUUUGUGGGGGAAUUUUUUUAUUUUUUAUAUUUUAUAUUUUUUUAGAAGUAGUAUUUAACUGAUUGGGAGUGCAACAUCUGCACAGGUUGAAGGAGGACAUAUAGACACUGUGAUCUGUUUGGGGGCUCUUUCUGUAUGAAUCUACAAUUCAUCAAACAAAGGUAGAGGCAGAAGGGAAAUCUCUAAGCUGGGGCGAGAGGAAUGUAGGGGAAAUCCCCCAGGCAUGCAAAAUAGGUAUUGCUAGUUGUGAUGUAUUUCUCUUUCAAAGAAUGCCUUUACCUUGUAAGACAUUCAAGGUGAGCAUAAUUGUUUGCAGUUGCAUAAUCUGCCUUCCUGGGUGUGCUUUGUUGAUUGCUGCUCUUGGUUCAUCACAUUUACUCCAGAAAUAGGGGUGGAUGUUGUGAUAUAUGAAAUUAUUUGUUUGACAGAGUUUGCAUUUCCACAGUGGAGCAGGCGAUUGAUCCAUAUUGCCUAUUUAGGGUUUAAUUAGGGUUCAAUGUGCUUGAAGGGGAUACAUGGUUGAUAAAUGGCACAGGCCUGUAGAUCAACCCUGCCUGUCCACUGUAUGUCCACCAAAAUCUCCUGUUUGCUAGUAAAACUGAAUUACUGUGUAGCGAAAUGAUUCAUGUCUAAAAUGUGUGCCACCAACAUGAAAAGUUUGGAAAGCUCUUGAUUAAGCCACAGGCAUAGAGAAAACUGCCCAGCUCCGCUUAGCCCAAGUCAUCACUUCCCACCUUAGGAGGAAAUGGUAUUUCUGUCUUCUGUAAUCACCCUGAUAAGAUGUUGGCCGUAACAAAAGGGGUUUUGCAAGAACUAUUGCGGACAAACAAUGAAAUAAAUGUUCUUGUUCAGUUGCUGGUGGUAUUGUGACUCACACUUCUGAUUUUGUCAUCCAACCAGUUGCACAAAUUCCUUCUAAGCGCAAGCCCCCUGAAGGGAAAUCCCCAGACCACACUAUAA